AUGCUCAUACAGAGCCCACUGCGCCUGUCCUCAACUCUAACGACUCUAGGAAAUUGUAAAGCUUCCGAAGGUACAUUAUCCUUAAAGCUCGCAUUUGGACCCGCUCUAUUGUACUAGGCAGAUGGGCAGGAAGGGCGUUAUAUCAAGCCACGCAACAUUGUACUCUAGGACGGAACGUAAGACAGCGACGCAGAUAGCCGCAAGGUCCAUUGCACCAAUUUCCUGGGCAACUCCCCCGUCAACCUGUAAUCAAAGAUCAUUUAUCUAUUUAUUUUAUUUGGCACUAAAAUUCCGUAAACCUGAACAAAAUCUAGCCGAGAUACCUGAAAACCAAAAACCCCCGACCAGACCUCUCUCCUUUAGAACGUCAAAAUCACGUAACCCGGAUGUCAACAAGACGUCACAUUAAAAUACUCUACAUGGAAACUACAAGACUCCCUGUAGGUGCAUUUUUAAAGACUAUUACAUCCGUUCUUUGGAAACGUUUUUGUCGUACUAACUAUUUUGGCCUCUUAUAUGGGACAUUCUAAGUUGACAGCAUAAGGGAUUAGAGACCAGGUAGCACAGGCCACCCCACCAGGUUCCUAAUCUCAAUUGUUGCACAUGCGAUUUCACUUCUUCAAGCAACAAACUUGAAAAAUAGGAAUCAAAUUUUGCUCUAAAAAUUAUGCUUUGCCAAGCCCGAGAAAUGAAUUCACAUGUGCAACAAUUAUAAUUAGCGACCUGGCAGGUUGAGGCAAAAGGGUCGGUAGGUCACCUCUCUAAUUCUUUAUACUGUACGUGAAUGUUAGAAUUGUACCAUAUAAGAGGCCAAAAUAGUCAUUACAAGAAACUGGUUUGAAAUGAACGGAUAAAAGAGGGUUCAAAAAAUGCACCUAAAGCCACCCUUACACCUCGUUGGCAUACUAACGUGAUUCUUGAAAACGUUUAAAAGGUAGGGAUCAAUAUAGCCUGCAAGGCGUAUUUUGCUGUGUGAUCGAUUUGAACUUUCGAUUGACCGGGAGUUGGGGGGAGUCAAAAAGUGAUUCCAAGGGAGAGGUUGCCUGCCAUCCUCAUCGGGUCGCGCGAUAAAAAAAAAAAAAAAAAAAAAAAAAAAUGCCUGGGCGAGGAUUAAUAAGGCCAGUGGUACCAUGCCGUAGAAAAUGAUUCAUUACCAAUACAAAUUCCUUGGUGUGAUAUGCAUUUUGUGCAAUUUAAGGAGGAAAAACUCAUUCAAUUAGGGCUUUUUUUUCUGGAGAGAAACAGAAAUUUCGUUUAUCACAAAGAUUUUGGCCGCCGACGGGUUACGUAGCCACGUGACCAUAACAUUACGUGACACUAUCACGCUAUGAUUUGAUUUUGAAACGAAACUGCCUAACUUCAGCUGCCUGGAUAGACUUCUUCCAUCAAGAAUCUAAAGUAAAGGUAAGCGUCUCUUUUACCGAGAACAGGUAAAACGGUAAAUGACUAAUUGCUUUUGUUGUGCGUCAAACGUUUUUAAACAGCCUGAUUAUUACAAUAAUUCAUGGACUUUUAUAUGCACCGCGGUGAAAUUCACUCUGAAAUUGCGGAAAGAACUUAAAAUUCUACGCUGCCUUUCUUGUGCAUGUUUUGUAUCCCGGGGUAGUGAUAUUAGUUUCAUUACUUAGAGAGCUUGGAUCAACUUCUGAUCUAGAGAAUUCUAUUAAAAAACAUUGUUUACUGUUCAGUGCAGGUAGUUACAAGACGAUGGCGCCCGCCAGUUGAUCGUGGUAAUCAGUAACAUGCAUGACCAUCCCUGUUAGUAUAUCUCUUUCGAUUCAAAAGUACUUAAAGAAGCUUAAUUACUUUCUUUUAGAGGCCAGAGACGAAUUCAAGUGUCAAAAGAGGCAAUUUCAUGGAACUUUUAACCUGUACAAUCAUGACAUCUGACACGGCCUGUAAUUAUGCAAAUACGCAAAAUGGCAGAUUAUAAUCUACUGUUGGUUGCAAUCCCAGGAGAUACCCGCAAGUCUGAGCCUAUAAACCAAAAAAAUAAGCUUAAAACUUUACUUUGAUAUGAUUUUUAAACCAGAUUUAGGCCGCAACUUUUGAGAUAUGUUGCCUCAAAUCUUCCUUACUUUCAAGGUUUCGAUCAAGCCUGCAAAAUAGGUAUUCUUUGAACCACUGUGACUUGAACAUGUUUUGAUCAAAGAUAUUUUUAUUUAGCCUGUGAACUAUCGUAGGUUAACUAAAAAAACUGAAUCGAACAGAUUUUUUGUGCGGGCAUUCGGUUGUUUGCAACGCGCUUUUCAAAAUCCAUCAAUUUUAGUCUUCGAAACACUCUCUGAGAAGCCGAGACGGACUCAAUUCGUUUUUGGCUUGUAGCAGAGCUAAGAAUAAGAAUUUGAAAACAAAAAUAGUGAUUUUAGUAUACACCUACUAAAGCCUCUUCACCGACAAAAAAUAAAGGAAAAGUAUUUUUUGUCGCGAAAUCGAGUGGACCGCUUUUAGGGAGACUGCCUCUUAACAAAACCAUCAAUGUCAUCAAAGCCGUCGCCUUUCCUAUUGCCAUCACCAUUAACAUUGCCCUUGCCACCGCACGUGCCAUUAGCCGUUAUCAAUUUUUCAUUGAAAUUUAGAUGCGUACUACGCUGGGUACCAGAGGUUUUUUCUUACGUGUGACGAGGAGCUUCGACACGUCUAUGGCCGAAGACACGUAUACGGCGAAGCAGCGAGAAAAAAACCUCUGGCGCAGAGCGCCUUGAUUUACCUUGCUAUAUGGACCUUGCCCUUUUCUCUAAUCUGUCAAUCAAACCAGCGGUCGCAGAGCCCAAUGUUUUUCGCGCGGGUCAUAUUUUAGGACUUAUCCGAAACCGGAAACCGCGCAUGAAAAGCCUCUUGCACCCAGGGUAGAUGCAUACGUGCUAUUUGACAGGUCUAGUGAGCCAUUUUGAUUUAGUCCUGGAUGAAUAGGUUUGCAGCGAACAUUAAUGUUACCACUGUUCCUUUGUUAGCUUCAAGCUUUGACAAAUUGCGUCAAACAGCUGAGUAGACCGAAGCCUUCCACCCCAGCACCAUCAGUGGCAAGAGAAAGGAUUGUUGCUAGCUCAACCCCUCUACCCCGUGUGGAAAGUAAGAAUUGUUUUUAGUCUAUUAAAACAUAAUUUUGAGUGGAGGAUACUUAUUAUGAAAGUCAGCAAUUAUCAGAUAAAAAGAAAAGUGCUGCAGUUCAUGUUUGGGGCUCCCUGACGGUGCACAAUCCAUUGACGGGGUAAAUUAAUGCAACGUUUUUAUUGGUCAGAAAGAUUAAUAUCAAAGGAAUUCUAUUGAACGUUGUGCACCGUCAGGUCCACAAAUACAUAUGACAAAGGCGUGUUGCUUUGAUUAAUGUCAAGUGUGCUCGCGAGAUGCGAAGUCCUGUGACUAUCCACUAAUUUGCACAGCGCGAGUAAAAACAAAGGCAUUCAGAUUCGUUGUCUGGGACAGAAGUGUUCCUUGAUGAAAAGCAUCUGUCCCACACAACGAGACAUCGAAAUUGCGGUUGCUAUUCAUUACGUCUGGGACGUAAUGAACGUAAUGGACGCUCCCUGAUAACAAUCGUGGUUCGUUUGAUGUAAUGCUUUUCAUUUGUUGGGUCAUGUUUCAAGGAGUGGACAGCAGCAUUGAUGACUUGUAUUACAGCUUAUACAGUAGCAGUGUUACCAUUCCUGACAUGCUCAAGGAAUCACCCACCAGGUAAUAAGUUGUCAUUGUGAAGUAUUUCUUUCCUUUGUUUAAAAGCCAUUUUGAGGUGGCGCGUUAAGACUGGGUAGGUGUUGUACCGAAUUGCACUAUGGGACUCUUCGGGACGUUGUCGCUUCUUUUAUUCGCUACUUUAAAAACGAGAAGGAAACUAUAGCCGAAAUUCGUCCUGCAGUUGUUCCUGGGAUCGUUACUGGGGACGCGCCGGUCAGCUAUUGGCCAAUUUUUCCAUUAUCCUCAAGUCUUUGCGAAAGUUAACUCGGCCCAGUUUCCUUCUCGUUAACAUUAGCACAGACUUUUGGGACAUGGAAAAAAAGGUCAACAGAAAAAGUUGGUCUGUUGAGAAAGAAAAUAUAGAGAAAAAUAUUUGUGGCGUUCAAGAAAUACUGAGAAAAUGUAAAUGCAAGGCCAAUGAAAUCCUUUUGAGACGAAGGAACAACCGUCCUUAUGUUCCUUUGAAGACAGAAAAAAUAUAUCCUUUUUCUUCGUGAUUGCUUGCAAUUGUUUGUGUAAUCUCAGAAUUAGAGAGAAGAAGAUUGAAUUGUCUGCCGCUGUCUAUGUAAUUUUUUUAAAAUAGAAAAAAAUGGUUUCGCCGAAUUUUAUUUGCAAAUCGUCUGACGUUUUGUUACUCUGUAAAUUAUACGGUGAUGGAUCGUUUUUUUUUUCUUCCUUUUAGAAGCAUCAGCAAGUCCGCUGUGGACAUCACAUUAGAGGAUAAAACAAAAGAACUCAUGGAAGAGUCUAGAAUGCUACUUGUGCAGUUCGCUAUCGACAGAGUGUCUCUUGGUGUGCACAGCAUGGGUGAGGUGUUACUGUUGUACCUCAAGGACCGUCGUUGAGAAGCUGAAUUGUGCCCCUUUCACCAACUACACAAAUUUAAUUAAACCAGUGGUCAAUUUAAUAAAAAUUUUACAAGUUUAAUUUACAAGUGUGACUUUUGUUUUCAGACUCUAAAACAAUGACUACAUUUUAAAAUGACGCUUGGAAAAGUUUUAUUAAAUUGACUUCAGGUUGGAUAAAAAAAUUGGAACACAAGAUUUGACACAGAUUCAAGUGAACUUCAACGUUUUGUAAUUCGCCCUUAAUUUGCAAUCAUUUAAAUCGGAAAGCAGCUGUUAUGAGGUAAAGAAUUUAAACAAGGUUUAACUACAUAAGUGUUUGACUUGUUCGAACUUUGGUUAAGUUAAUGUAGCACUAGACAGCUUGACUUGUUUGUGGCUUGUGUAGCUAAGCAUAAGUGAACAAGGUUUCUUUUUUGUGCUAAAUAUUCUAAUUAAAAUCAUUUCUGGCAUCUUCCUGUGUUUGCUAAACAGGCUGCCUGAUAGCUGAACUGCAGAUCUUAGGAGUAAAAGCAAAUUACAUGAAGAGACCAUAUGAUUCCACAAUAUCCUUUGCUGUCCAUGGAGUCCAUCUUGUCGACGCGAUUCAGAAUUUUGGGCCUGAGUAUGAACUGCUGUUUUCUUCUUGUAAACCGCAACCCGUUCCAUCUUCAAGCAAUGCUAGCCUCUCUCAGUCGAAAAGUAAGUUACCUGUUGCCUCUAUAUGUUUGUGACCUUUUGAAAGCUUUUUGCUCAUUUCCAGCGUACGAGAACGAGUUUCUUUUUCGUUGUUUGAAUAAAAAAGCUUUCAAACUGAGGCCAUGUUGAAUUUUUAAUUGGAAUGUUCAGCUUAUUUAAAAUUGAAUCUUUGAGUGAUGAGUUAUUAGUGACGAGUUAAUGGGAGCCAUUUACCAGUCAGCCUAUUUAUGUGCGUUCAUCUCUGUCUUUUGAAGGUGAAAAGUCCUUCACGGAAACAGUGAGCAGCGCAUUUUCUGUGGUAGCAGAUCUUGUCAGACCGGGAUCCAAAAGAAAGCUACAGGAAAGUGAUGUGUCUUUCACCAGCGAGACAACGGCUGUUAUGGAGGAGGAAGAUCUUAUCACGUUUGACUACCAGCACUAUGAUGCCGACAGUCCUUCCACGAAAAGUGUUAACGGAAGUGGUAUGAAUCUUGUCAACCUGCAGUUCAACACCCUUAAUGUCAUCGGUAAGAUCUGAAAUGCAAUUCAUGUUGAUUUGAAGAAGUUUUCUCUUUGCCCGCUUUCAGCUACCGAAAGGCUUUUUAUGUUUACCGGCGGUAUGCAUAUACUUUAAGCAACAGCGUUUGAACAUAUUAAAUUAUGAUCGAUGUCAACAGUGUUUUCUGCAGAUUUGAGGAUUUUCAAUUUAAAGACAGUAAUCAGCAUUUAGAGUCUAAUAGGGACUAUAUUUUAAUUUCAGUAUACUGUAGUACAGAGUUUUGGAGUUUGUCUUCAGAUAAACUGUCUGGUUACAUAAAGACCUAGGCAUUUUCAAUUUUGGACUCGUUGUUUUUUGAACUGAGACUCAAUAGUUCUGGACUGAGACUCUUGAUUUUCCACAAGAUGAGCCCUAACCUUUUUUGUAACAAAAUCAGUAAGUAUUAGCGGUGGACUACAGUCUACUCUCCAAAGAGGGACACUUUUUGGACCAGCAAUACGUGUCCAUGUUAUAAAUAGUCAAAAUGAGUCAACUAAAAGGAGUAGUCUGUUUUAGCCAGGUGCCCGUCUUAUAGAGGUACCUGUUAAGAUCGAGAGCGGAGACUGUAUUUCUAACAAGAUGUUCCGGGAGGUACAGUCGAUUAACAAUCGUCUUUAUUUCCCCACAGCAAAUCAGGAAACGCUUGCAGCUUUGGUUCAGUUUUUUAGUACUUCAUUUUCAUCUGGUGAAAACGUUUCGAACAUGACAGACUUACCGACAGUGCCUGAACAGCCUGACAUAGAAUCCCAUCAAACCCAAGCUGAGGUAACUGUAGUGAAAAGACAAUCAAACAACAAUGUUAGUUAAGUGAAUGUACAUAGAUCGUGUGUAGAGAUAAAGGCCAAUUUUGUUAGAUUAUUUUUCAUUCAAGGCAACACUUACCUUUUUUUUUACAUGGAAGUUAUUUCACUUCUUUUUGGCCCAGCACAUAAUUUAUUAGACUUGCCACUAGUCAAUGGUAAGAGGGCGCGCGGGACCCUCGCGAAGCCUGCGAAUGCAAGGGACGUAAAUCUAAUUGCAUGUAUACUGCAUCAUAAGAUCUUUUCCAAUUUCCCUGCGUUAAUUUCACUGGCUGUUAGUAUUGUCAUCACGUGUCGUGAGUGAGGAUACUGAAGCCACCCCAACCCCCAAAUAAUCAGUCUGUUUUAAAUACGAGGCAGAUAUUAUGUGCGAGCAACCGAAAGGAGUUUCAUACCAAGGAACAUGCAUAAGUUAGUCACAAAUGAUUUUUCCUUUGGCGGGACACAAAAAAAUUUUUUCCAAGUUCAUACCUCUCGUAGCCCCCUAACAUCUUUUCUUACUUUUCUUACUUUUCUUCUUUGCGUUUUUUAGGAGCAGGUAUCUGAUGUAACCGAAGUCACAGCAUCAUUUAAAUCUAUCAACGUUCUGGUAAUAAGAAGCGUCAGUCUUAAUGGAAUGAAAUCUGUGCGUAAAGUCGCGGAAGUGGCUGUUGGCGAAGUCCAGCUCAAUGCGUCUUUAGGAGAAUGUCAGCGUCUUGAUGGCUCCUUAGGAGGCUUUAGAAUUAUAGACCUUACUCCAGAGGGCUCAUUGUAUCGCACUGUGUGUACGUGCGGGAGUUUAUUCGCAGGGGAUACCACCACAAGGGAAUCCUCGUUUUUAUGGUCGUUACCAGAAGACAUGCAAGACGGCCCAAAUGACCAGCGAGCUUUUACAUUUACCCUCGUUAUUCCUCCAAAGGGUGGACAAAGCCCCAGACUUGUUGUCGAUGUUCCGAUGGAGAGUGACGUGGAUGUUUCUGAAAUCGCUAGAAACAUUCAAAUAAAUGUACGGGUUGCUUCUGCCCAAUACACCCACACGCAUAGAUUUCUUUCCGAGCUUUUAUUGUCGGCUGGUGAUUAUGCUGUAUACGCGGCCCAGUUUGGCGAAACUUUACGUCAAGCUGCUAGCAAUGUGGCCAUGGGUCUUGUAAGUAAAAAGAGAGCGCUGGCGGAAGGUCUUGACUACUUGUCGUCAUCCUUUGUCACCACAGGUGGACAAGAGGAGAGGAGUCUUGGAAGUCGACAAGAGAGCUUAUCGUUUGAAAAUGAUAGCGAUGCAAUUCUUGACGGUUGCGACUUUGUUGACAAUAUUCCUUUAAGUCUAAAGCGACGAGUUUACAGCUGUAUCACGGUUGACUCGCCAAUUGUGCAAGUGCCCAAGUCUUCUUCGAGCACGGAAAUGCUUGUGGCUCAUUUAGGUAAAAUUACGGUUCGAAACACGCACUUGAUGGAAGUUGUCGAGGAAGAAAGUGACACGGGACAUUUGACUGCGGUGGAGCAUGACAUUGAUCGCUUGUUCGUGGAAAUUAAAGAGAUGAGUCUUUACUGUUUGACACCAGGCCUUAAAGAUUCAUCAAGAACUUCAUCAUUCUCUUCCCCAGAAUCAUUUACGGGCAGAAACGUCCAUAAUUCACCAAAAUCCCACAGUACGCAUAUUCUUCACAAAACAGCUUUUGAGCUCAUGAUAGAUCGUCGUUCUGAAGAAAUUGGUGCACUGGGUGCGCCACUGAACACACAAAAACCCACCAUUCACAUUUCCGGGAAGGUGGCCAGUCCUCUGCAGCUGGAACUCUCCACUCAUUCGUAUCACCAGUUACUUGACACUAUUGAUAACAUUGGUGGUGGGAAGGAAACAGUGCCUGUCCCUCCCCCCGCUGGGGUACAUUCGUCAUCUCUGGCUAGUCCUGCUUCUCAGUCUCCAAGCACACUUUCUCCAAGGUGACGCGACAUUAAAAAAGGCUACCUUACUAGUUUCUUUUCUUGUAUAUAUUUUCCAUGCUUCGGUAUUAUAGUUAACAUCUACAUCUGAGGUGUUUCCCUCUUUUUCAAAUAGCUAUGUUGAGGAUGUUCAAUUCACCAUUUGCACAACUCCCAUAAUGUGUGUCCUCUUCAAAGUUUUGUUUAACCAGUUUUCUAAUUUCUCCUGAUCAUUGCAGUUGUCCCAAGAGAAAUUGAAGACAAUGAUAAUGCAAAAUUUUGGGAGGCAAACAAGGUGCAUUGCGUGAGAUGUGCCGAUGGUGAAUUUCAAAAUAGUUUUGUACGGUGCAUAUGAAAUAUGGCAAUCUAUCUUGACACAUAAAAGAGGAAACCAUGUGACAGAAGAGCUCAAGGGAGGGAAGUUGGUAAUUGACUUGGAUUACCGACCGCGUCAACGAAGUGUUUAGCCUAAUUUUGCAAGGGCAAAAAAAAAGGGCGCGUGACGUCAAAAUUCUGUGUCGUUCAGUCGUUGCUUUCACACUGGUCUAGUUAUUACAGAUAAGAUCGCUGCGUUUUGCGUUUCGUUUUUCGUGGGCAGGGUGUAAGUAACGUGAUAAAAUUGAUGAUUACAUGUAUGAAUUUUCAAAUAGAUUGGACAGCUUGCGAGUUGUUGCGCCAAUAGGGUCCAUUCGAUAGAUCUAAAAUCAACGUUAUAGUGAGGCUCAGAGAAUACAAAGAAAGAAAACCGAUCAACUUUUUCAUUCUUUGAAGUUUUUUUUAUUGUGUGCUUUACUGUGAAGUUAACAUAUCGUCACAUCACGUUUAAUUACAUCGAUAUGCCAAGGUUUCCGCGCAUACGGUUUUCUAACCUUUGUUUUUAGUGAAAGUUUGCCCUAACCCAAAGUUUCUUUUGCUUCCUUACAGCUCUUCUGCAUCAAAUCUGGAAGCCUACAUUCCAGAAAAGGUUUUGCCGGAGAAACGGGUAUCUUUUGUUCCAAAUGUCUCAUUUGGAGAAGAAAAUGUUGAAACCGCUGAAGACCUCAGCUUUGAUCAUGAACUUGAGACAGAGGGCCCCACGCCAGUAAGAGCACAUUUUGAAUUGCCACACUUCAGCAUCAAGCUUUGUGGAGAACUCAACAAAGUUGAACACGACUUCGUGGACAUCAUGUUCUAUGACUUUAUCCUUAGUUAUGAGCACACCAAACCCACAGUCACUCUAAUUGACGUUUCUCUUGGUGGACUUCUCGUGGAAGAUCUACUUCAAGAACACGAUUCGCCUUAUCGUCAUCUCAUUUCCUCUUCUGCUCCUCGUCAAUUCCAUUUACGCGAACGCUCGCUUUCUGCCUAUCCCUCCAGCCUCUCCACAUCCUGCCCCGUUGUUUCAGAUGCUGGGUUACACUCUAAUUUCUCGUCCUCCCUUCCACACUGUCUCUCCACGACUCACCAUCAAAGCCCGUUUCGCUCAUUAGCUCCCUUGCGGCCACUCAUGAAGAAUCAUAAAUUUUCAUCGCUACCUUCUGUUAACGCCUCCAUUGAUAGCGAUUCAUCCGUGGAAGAUGUAAAAGUUGUGGUUAAAGAAAAGAAGAGAAAUAAUCUUGUACACAUUAAAGUUCUUUUGGUUGAAAAGAAAGACGACGAAUUUAGUACCAAGCACAAUUCGGUAGGUAAUGUGUUAAUGUAUAUCAAGAAACCAUAAACUGAAAAUGAAGAAAUGAUCGUCGCAGUCGUCAUAUAUCAUUUUUUAACAAACCAUAAACUGUGUUCAAAAUGACUGCGGCUUUAUGGAACGGGGAGCUCGCAGUUGUUUUUAUGAAACUUAAGAAAGGGUGGCAUGUGGAAAAAAAAAAUGAAGAAAACAAGACCACGUUUAUUUGGUUUAAAACAACACAAUAGGAAACAAACAAAUACAUUCACAUUCGACUGAGACGAGACAGUGACUUUGAAGGGCCAUCAGUCACAAAAUAAAGUGGAGUAAUUGAAGUAGUGCUACACACUGCAUGGCCUUGUGAGAUUCUUUUGCUGGUUUUUUUAAGGGAAGGGAGAGGGGGAUUAAAAAGGCUUCUUGCUCAUCCCGAUAUCAUGAUAAAAUUUACGUAAGUGGACAUCUUGUUUGAUUCAUGACGGACGUAAUUUUUUCAUGUUAUUUGUUCCUUAAGGUAAACCGCAUGAUUGAUGUGGAUUUUAACUCACUGGAAGCAAAUCUAAAUCUCCAGACCUGGGUAAUUGUGUUAGAGUUUUUUGGAAUUGGAGUUCCACAGCAGCCGCUAAGCUCCCAACCCAGUAGCCCCAGUGCCACAUCUUCACAAUCAAAUCCAUUGGACAAUGCACUUGAUGGAAAGCAACUUCCAAUGGAGAUAGAAGGUACAUAGAAACACUGCUCAUGAAUUGUGGCAAGUGCUAUUCACGUAUGUUUGACAUCAUAUAGUAGAGACUUUUAUAGGUGUCGUCAUCAUUAGCUAUACGCUGUAUGGGUGCCAUAGGCUUUUUCUGACCUAAUAGCCCGGCGUCUGCGACGCCUGCGUUUCGGGAGUUUUAAUCUCAAGUAUUUUGAGAACGGACCUCUGGUGCUAGACACUACCUAGCCGCUACUUAGGUCUGGUGCCGUGAAGGGUUGCGCAGGAAACCUUCCCUGCUUAUUGCAACUUGUCUUCAGUUUUGUAAUGCUGGUGUAAAGCGAAUCGUAUGGAACACCGCUGUUAGCAAUUCACCUAGAUUCGUCGACUGCAUCUAUUGGGAGAAUUGUCACGGCGCUCAUGACGUAUUUCGACUUUUCAAUGUGGUGUUUGUUAAGGUUGGGGAGAGGCCCUCACUUAAAACCCCUUAUUGAUGGAGUGUUUUUUAACAUUGCCUGGUACUGAUGCUUUUCCAAUGCAAAGUUUUUGUUUCUUUUGUUGCUCAUUAAUAGGUGUUGAAGAACCUGAGAAUGAAGGCCUAAAUACAGAAGUCAAGUUCCAAGUAUCAGCGUUAACCCUGGUACUGAGUAAAAAGAGAUAUCCCAUAGCCAAGGUGAAGGCGUUUGGACUUUUUACUGAUAUAAACAUGCGGGAUGGUAACUUAGCUGCAGCAGGGAGACUCACUAGUGUAUCAGUAACUGAUAUGUCUCCGCAUGGAACUUUGUACCGGGAAAAGUAAGUUUGUAUGUCGGCGUUGUCAAGUCUUUGCUGGUGAUAUUUGUGCUUUUUAUCUCGCAUAAUUUUUAGGAAGUUUUCCGCAUUCCACAUUCCACAUCCCACGUUUCGCUCUCCACAUUUCACAUUCCACGUUCCGCAUCCCACAUUCCUCAUUUGCUUCUUUCACAUUCCACAUUCCACAUACCGCAAUCCUCGUCAUUUCUUCGGAUCAAUUCAGAUUUCUGGAAACUGCCUACCUACCCCUCCCCUAAAUCCACAUUUUGCCCUAAACGAGAAAUAAGUGUUAAUGUUGGCUUAGGGGAGGGGUAAACCUAAAUUGAUCCAUUUCUUCUGCAAACUCAUUCAGCAUCCCGCAUUCUGCAUUCCGCAUUCCCCAUUCCGCAUUCCAUAUCCUGCUUUCCACAUCUAACAUUUCUCAUUUUGCAUUCUUCUUUUUUUAUCUGGCAUUCCACAUUUUUAGGUUCAAAACGUUCGGAGACGAAGCCCUGAGUUUCAGUUUCUUCAAGUACGGCAGUCCAGACCCUGAUUUACUCAGAGACAAAGACAUGAGUCUAAAGUUGCGCAUGUCAUCUGUGCAGUAUGUACACACCAAGAGAUUCCAGACAGAGCUAGUUGUGUUCUUUCAACACUACCUACAACUCCAGGAGGUCUUAGGUAGAAUGAGGGCUGCUUCUGAGGGCAACGAGGUAGUAUGAUGAUUGAUAAGUUAUACACGAUAAAAGUAAUUUUUAAUCAGUACCGGUGUAUAAAAAUAGUACCUCGGAAAGAAAAAUUGGGGAUUAACUUUUCCCUACAACAAAUAAAACAAGCAUGGCUUUACAAAUUCUUGUAUGAUUUUCUUACAUUUUAUCCCAUUCCACACAUGAAAAAUGAUUUUAAUUUAGCUCACUCAAAAAUUGCAUACGUAACAGAGUGUUCAAGUUUGGAAAACGGACCGUAAACGUUGGCAAAAUCACCUGAAUUUAAAGAAAACAGCCAGUCAAAUGGUGUUGCACGAAACUUGAGUUCCUGUCUUCUUUUUUUUUUUUCAGAAAGAACAUGACAUGCGCUCGACAGAAAGGCUUUAUACCGUACCAGGCCACUAGAAUGUGUAAUUGUUUUUUAAGAAAUUCCACGUCUUGAAACUGGCCUUGCCACUUUAAUUCUUUGACUUGUUAAAGAUACUAAAAAGAUGUAGUUGGUCCAAUUGAUAAGCAGUAGGUUUCUCUUUCACUCCCCAACUAAGCCGCCCCACCUUUUCCUUUACAACACAACAGGUUUCGUGGAUGUUUGGUAGAGGAACACGAGUUACACUAGACAUCAAAGCUGGUAAUCCAGUUAUUCUUGUUCCUCGCUCAGCUAAGUCCUGUCACAUGCUGGUGGCAGACCUUGGCAAUCUCUCUGUGGCCAAUGACUUUCGAUGGGAUUGUUCACCGGGUACUUUGAGUCACUGCAUGAACGCACAGAGGCCACAGUAUCAAAAUGAUUCCGGUAAGUCUUUGGGUACUGAUUCAGACGUGAAUCGUCCUUAAUUGCAGGCGACCAGAAGAACCUGCAAUCCUAAUCUCCAGGUUACAUAACGCAUGUGCGGCACGUAUGUAGCCAGCAUCUGUUUGCACUUCCACUGAGAAAGCAAUCUGAUUACGCGGGUUUGGACCUCUUACCGGUAGAAAUCCGCCAUGAUCACGCGCGUUUUACCCUUCUAUCACGUGAAACUUACGAAAAGCACAGCGUUGGUGCAAGAGCGUUUUGACCUCACAAAUCGUAGGCUUGCACUCCGUAACCUUCGGUUAUCAUCGCAUUAAAGCAGGCGUUGGCUCUUUGAUUAAGCAAAUACGCUAUACAAAGUAGGUGUGAAUGGCCAAAACCAUCUCUGACUGUAGCAUUAAAGGGUAUUAACUUGUUCAUUGCUUGUUUUUGUUUUUGUUUUUUUUUUUCAGGACCUAACCAUCCUCAACAUGUCUGUUUGCUGGAUAGUAUGCGCGUUGAACUAGUGGAUAUGGAUCUGUUUACAGCUACAAGAAUAGCAGUCAGUAACCAGCAGUCCUCCACUGAAUUCUCUUACAAAAGCCAGGUUUGUCAAAACGUUUUAAUAUAGAUACAAAAAUGUCUAAACUCCUCGAUGCGGUUAGCUUUUGAUGGCACAAAUAGUGUUCGCUUCAUAGGGAUAUCCACAUUAGAAGGGUUCAAAUUUCGGCAAUGUCCGAGUAAGAGUGCAGUGGCGGAUCCAGUGGAGGGGCCUGGGGGGCCCUUCCCCUCCUUAUCUCAGGGUCUGGAUGACCGCCCCCCCCCCCCCCCUUAUCUGAAGAUAUGGAUCCGCCACUGGAGUGCACCCGUGGUGUGUCCCUUGAAAGAUUCUUGCUGACUUUACUUCAACUGUUGUGUCUUUUAUGAGCAGGGAUUAAAGCUGUUCAAGGAGAAAUGCAGACUUAAUUUAACAGUUGAACGUAACUUGGACUGGGCUUUCAGUAGAGCAGGUAUGCAUCAUGAGCAGUUUUUGUGCUCUUCGUAAUCUUUUGUUUCCCCAUCGGCAGGUCUACUGACCCCUCUUUAGUCGAGCAAACUAACGACACGACCGCAGAUGUGGUGGCUCUAUCUUACCCCGGGGAUGAACUGAAUGUAGACUCAACCAACCUUUGCUUUUUAUUUUCCUUUUCAGUUCCAGACAUCAACGUCAGUGGUCGUUUGUCCUCGGUGGGUGCCUCGUUGGACUAUUCGCAGUACUGUUUCAUUCUUGGAAUGCUGGGAGAGAACCUUGGAGAACCUCUUGAAGAGUUUGAAAGACCAUCAUCUGUCAUCCAAGAUCCAUUAGGAAAGGUAACAGGAACUUUUUCUUUUUCGUCUUGAACAUCUUUCUUUCACCCAAAAUAUUGGUUCUGUUUUUAACUGUAAUGCUAUUUUGUCUAAUAUCAUCAUACAUUUUGUGGUUUUGGACACUUUGACUUGAAAAUUAUUGACAGGAAAUUUGGAAAUUUUUGUAUAGCUUCUGUAUGACCCUGUAGGUGGGGUUGGCAGCAUGCUACCACAGGGAAAACCAUUAAACCUUAGUGGCCCUGUGUCUAUUGAACUUUGCCCUACUGAAUUGGGGAUCAUUCAUUUGCCCUUUUACUCCCCCGGGUACACAGAUACGAUUCAAAGUCGACAAAAUAGUGUCAAGUUUCAUUUUGUAAAAUACUGAAAACCGGACACAAUUUGCCCUAAAGGGCCUUUCUGAAGUUUUACCGACUUUAAAAGAAGAAAAUAAAGCUUUCCCUCCCGAUUUCCCUCCUUGCAAUGUUGUGCCACUGUUCGAGCUACCUUUAGAAACCAACAACAAUUUUGUCGCCGAUUGUAGUUUGUACCGGGGAGACGGUAGCGCCGGAUUGGUUUUAUUUGAAUAGCUUUACCGUAGCCCCUUCGCGACUUUGCAGCUGACUUAAAGAGAGACAGGUUGAAAUUGUUGGGCGGAAACGUUGAGUAAGGUCCCUUAUUGUUCAUGCUUUAUUUUACCAUAGUCAUGAUUUUUCUACCCUAAGUCCUCUUUGUUAUUCAGCCUCCAGAGGCAGAAGAGGUAUGGACCAGCCUACGGAUGAGAAUUGAUCUGGUGAAUGUUAGUUUGGAAUUGCAUCCCGUUCAACUAUUUGAACACCCAGGAGACUUUCCUGACCCCAGCCAUCUUCCUUCUUUGGCCAGAAUAGACUUCAUCAAAUCUAAGUUCGAGUUUGAAUCUUUCUCUGACUGGUCAAAGACGAUUGACCUGGUGUCUGAAGAGGUCAUAUUUGAAGAUACCAGGCAAAAAGGUAACUCCUCUCUACUGGCCGUUUCGGUCAAGUAUUUCCCUGGACACACGAUGAUGUUCUAUUUCGGUUUAAAAUGUCUGCUUAUUCAAAUGCACUAGCCUUUCUUCAUGAGACGGUCACCUCUCCAAAGCAUGCGCCAAGGGAAAUCGAACUCGAAACUCACCGCGUAGAAGGCAGUGCAAUCACCAGGACGGAUCCAGACUUUCAGAUAAGAAGGAGGGGAGGGGGAGGCCAUCUAAAAAGUUUUCCUGCCUCAGUUUGGUCUAAAAAUAAGGGGGGCGCCCCCCCCCCCGUGUCUUUCCCCUGGAUCCGCCACUGUUCACUGACCAAUUGUGCUGAUUCUUUCACCAUGAGGCGGACACCUUUCUAAAGCAUACAUGCACUAGGCUAACUUAGGCCGCGGUAUAAGAAAUCUUUGGACUUUCAGAUCUCUUGCGAAGCGGGUUGUUUUAAGAAGAGAAAUGUUUCUUCUUGUCAACCCUAUAAGCUACCUUGAAACUGUUCACGGUGAACGGUGUUUAGUUAAAAGCGUUUGUCGAACUUAAAGUGGCUUAGAACUCGCUUUUUUAGCACUGCGGAGCUCGCUGUUAAUAACCAGCCUUUAGAGUUUUUUCUUGUUGUAUUUUUAGCUAUUUAUCUUUUGACACAGUUUAAGGCGGCCACGGAUAACUGUCUUGGACGCACUUGAGUUUUCGUUGUAGCGUUGGUUGGACGUGUUUUCAUUUUGUUUGUAUUCUGGGUCAGUCUUAUUUACUUUUGGUUUUUGCCCUCUGAAAUAUGUUGCAAGGUGGACUGAAAGCAAUUUUGGUAUCGAUGACAUUCAAGCCAUACAAAUGAAAAUAUGAUAUUCGCGGAUUAAGAAUUAAGCACCUUUUUCUUUCUUUCCUGUUUUGUAAGGAAUGGACCUGGAUGAUUCUGACUCGUGCAUCUUCACUGACAUUCUUUUACCACGAAGGUCUUCUUUGUCGGCUCGCGAACAAGAAAACUCUCUUCAGUUUGAAGUUCAUUACCGAGAUACAACAAAAAGAACCUUGUUAACAUUCCUGUUUGAUCACAGCCGUAUUAUGUUGAUCAUGGACUAUUUGUUAGACACAUACAACUUCAUCAUGUGCCGGAUGUUCAAGCCCAACACAGGUAUGUAAGUUUUGCUUUUGACAGCAAUAAAGUAAGAACGGUAUGGAAUAUUCCUUUUCGACGAGGCAGGGCUUAAAAAACUUGAAUUCCAGCUUGUCUUUUGUUUAAGCAGCUCUCACACUUUGCUUGUCUGGGUUCACUUUUUGCUCAUCUCAGUUAAUGAUUUUGUUAGAGGACGUCUUGUCAGAGCCCUGACCUACUGGGCAAGUAAGCUUUAAAAGUUACUUGCCCAGCAAGAAAAUUAGAGAGCUUAAGCAACGACGACGGCGACGGCUACGAAAACGUCACUUAAAAAGUGAAUUCGCGCUUCCUCAAACUUUAUCGCGCUCAUUCCAUCUCGUUCAAUUUGUCAAUUCUUGUCAAACUUUUUUGGAGUUGAAUCCUAAAGGACUGUAUCAAAGUUCAGGAAAAGAAAAAGAAAGUAGUCGUCGUAUGUUCCCGUCCUCGACAAAACGUGAAAUUAGGCACUUUCACGUUGUAGCCGUGCAACGACGGCUAAGAAAUGUACAAAAAAGCGUGAUGCGCGUGCAAAGUUGUUGUUCGGCCAAUCUAAACCUAUUGCUUUUUUUGCCAUUGUCGUUGCCGUCGCCGUCGUCGUUGCUUAAGCUCCCUAUUUACUUGUGCCGAACCGGAUUUGUUUCAAGCUCUGUGAGUGCUUCUUGUCGUAGAGUUAUUUUAGUUCUCAUUGCCCUCCCAAGUACUUCAACGAUGAGCCUGGUAUCGCCCCAUGUGAGGGAAUCCAAGACAGUCUUGGAUUCUGGAUUCAACUUCGUGGGUUCCGGAUUCCAGGUACUGCUUUCCACAUCUUUUUCCGUGGAACUUGGAUUCCGGAUUCCAAUCGUUACUGGGAUUCCGGAUUCCUACAGCUGUAUUCCGGAUUCCAAUGCCCAUGAUUCCGGAUUACACAAGCGAAAAUUUCCAAGAUUCCGGAAUCCUCAUGCAAAAUUUUCCAAGAUUCCGGAUUCCACGUGAAAAAAUUCCCAAUAUUCCGGAUUCCACAUGCAAAAAUUUCCCGGAUUUCGGAAUCCUGAUUCCCUUAUAUGGGGGCCUGGUAUCUUGAGGUGGAUAGGUUUGUGGUCCAUUUCGUCUAUUACAGCUAUACGUACGGCAUGGUAACCUGCAGAGAAUAAUGUCAGCUAGAAAUUAAAUAAUCCUUAAAGCAGUGGCCUGCAAAACAAGUUGUGUGCCACAGUCUUGGGGAGAGAGAGAUGGAGUUUUUUCAACACGCGUGCUUGAUUUUCAGUUAAGUACCUAACAAAGGGCGCCAGGUUUCUGCAAGUUUUAACCUGCCCGUACAGUUUAAAAACGCCCGUAGUUUAAAAACUGUACGGGCGAGCGUAUCGCACGUGAUGACACGACGUUUGAAGAUGAAAAACAGAUGGUUUACUUAGAGGCCAGAAGCAAUCACUUCUGCCAAUUUUGGAGGGGAAUAGAAGCAGUGCCUCUACGUGAAUCUUUGCCCGGUAAGAUGGUUCAGUGCAUUGAAACGGUCUUUUUUGCUUGUUUGUGCAGAUACAUCUGGAGCGCAGGAGACUGCAAUGGACACUUCAGAUGAUUCCAGUUCAUUCAAAGAAUAUGAACCCCCUCCUCCGUCUGCAUCAGGAGUGGCCACUAGAUGUGAGAUGCCAGCUCAACCUCUGGUAGGUAACUUAUAACUAGGCGUUUUGUUUGUUUGGUCAGUCUAGGCUCCAAAAUAGAAAUGAUAAUGUACAUUGUCUAGUUUCAAAUCGAGAGGGGCUAGGUAUGAGUCGGUUUAUUAUCGAAUAAACAACACGGGACCCAUAUAGUCAGAAAGAGCACAUUUAAAUUAGCAACAUUCUCAAGUUUGGUGUUUAUCGGGCCUGUAUUGAACAAGAUACAGCCAUUCAAAAACUCCAAAACUUACUAAGAAAUAUAUGGACGUCCGGACGAUGUGUCCGGCAAGCCAUACAUCCGUUAUCAAUUCAGUUUCAAGUUUAUAAAUAGCUGUAUCUUGUUCAAUAUUGGCCGGAUUGACACCAAUAACCUCACUGUGCUCUUUUAGACUAUCCGGGUCUCGUGUUGUUUAUCCCAUAAUAAACCGACUCGUAGCCAGAUUCGAAACUAGACAAUGGAUAACACUUGACAGUUAAAUGGAUACUGAUACAUUGUGGCCCCCGAAGAGCCGCAAUGGACGCACCUCGUGCCCAGUUGUUCAUAGUCAUUAGUGUCGAACAAGUUGUGAAUUGAAGAUUUUUGAAAAUUAGGAAACUGUAUUCCUCUUGGAUAACUCACCCAUAAUAGAAUUGUGGGAAAUCACAAAACAUCACGACCUUUGAAACUGCGAUAUGAAUAAAAGUACGUCUGUAUUUCAAUUUUAAUUUAAUGUAUCUUUGAAUUUUUUUUGUCACAGCCGCAAAAGACGUUUGAGAUGAAGGUGAAUAUUUCAGGAACAGAGUUUGUUGUGUUGGAGAAUGUAAAAACUGUCGACACUCACGCUGUUAUUCUUAAGGUAUGACACUAUUUAUAAAGUGGGAACUUUGUGAGAUUCUCGUUCCAGACAUUUUUUUUUUGUUGUGACCUUUUUCGUUGCGGCCUUUUUCUUCGUUCAGUUAACAGCCGUACUGGCCUGGCGUCCACACCUUCAUAGUCAGAAGUGGCUUUCCUGCAGUAUUCAAAGCCUAGAGAUGUUUUCUUGUGUCCUUUCAUGUGAAGAAGACACUGCCUUGUCAAUUAUUGAUCCAACCUCAGCGCUGGUUGAACUCAAUAAUGCUAGACGACAGAAAGGAAGGAAAAACGCGGGCCUGUUAGAUUUUGCUGAGGAACAGUUACCAAGUCUGGAGGUUAGUUUAGGACAGUUUUUCUAUUCUUUGCAAGUUGGAGAACGUAGAAUAUUGCAGUGCGACUACUCGAACCGGGGCACUUGGAAGAAGAUUAUCCAAUCACAACGGUUUUUGAAAACAAAAGAUUCUCAAGUUUAUUUGCUAAUGGAUCAAUAAAAUUGAAGGUUCAACUACGCAACCGUUGAAAACUUUGAACGCGUUUGAACUUACCUGACCUCCCAGGAAACGGCCCUCAAAUUUAUGAAUGUUAUUGGCCCAUUUGCAAAAAAGUUGAGAAUCUUUUGUUUUCAAAAACCGUUGUGAUUCGAUAAUCUUCCAAGUGCCCCAGUUUCAGUAGUCGCACUGUGAAAAGGUUUUUGAACCCGUCAACUUUGAGGGAGUUAAUAUUUAUUCAUCCUUGUUAAACAUUGCUCAAGACACCUAUCCAAUUGAAGGUGGAAAACCACUGUGAGGCUUUUACUGGUAUUGAUCAUGACAGCUCUAUUCAGUGACAGUUUCAUGAUUUUACUUUUUAUUUUAGAUUAACCUUCAAAGCCCACUGACCAUGCGAGUGUCUUAUAAUGACUACAAAUUGUACCUUAGUAUCCUUGAAUCUGUCUCCAAGCAACUGAACAGAGCUAUCAAGAGUGAAGUUAGCUUAAAUUCUGAAGACGAUAUCCCUGAUCACGAUUUUGACGGUAAGCGUGACACACUGUUUAUUGUCCAUCAAUUUUUUUGCUCAGAAAAAAGGAAAACUAAUCAAACACAGCAAUAGCAAAACAUUCCAAAAAGACCAGCUGCCAGGGUACAGCUUCUAUGCCCGCAUGGCAUAUCGUCAAAACGUUCUCAUAACUUUUGUUAUGAGCCGAUGUUGUGGCGUUCAAAAUCUCCGCGUAACAUGAUAUAAGAUUUUCUGUAGAGCUUACACUCGUAAAACUUUUUCACAACAUAUAUUGUCGUAUCAUUUCAAAAUUUGUUGUUGCUCCGGCGUGCACAGUAUAGCUAAUUUGUGUUUCUGGAUAAUAAACGCGAUUAUUAAUUUUAUUCAGAGUGUUGCAAGGUUCAUUGUUGUGACUUUUUUAUCUGCGUAGUCGCAACUUUCUCGAAACUUUCUCAGGAGGUUAUUAUGGCGAUUUGUGACUAUUUAAACGUUGCGCUGCAUUUUUUAAAAUAAACAUUUGACUCUCGUCAGCAGAAUAUAUUAAAUUGUAACAUUUAGUUGUCGUUUGUGGGAGGUGUUCGAUUACAAGAGGUUCCAACUAGAUAUACUUUGGCUGGGAAUACUUGAAAAGAGGUAGUCGCUUUCGAGAGGUGUUUGCCCAUGUCAGUUAUAACUGAGGUUUCGAUGAUGUGAACACAUUCUAAAAGACAAUAUGUACUGAAGUAAAUUUCAUAAAGAAAGUAUAUUUAUUUGACGUGGAUUAUCUGGCGGGACAUUCAGACUUGUGUCAACACCAUAUUUAUGGCUACAUAUGAUUUCGCCCAUAGCUAUGUCGGUAAAGCGUCUCCAAGAACUUGGUUUCAAAGAGUCUGACUGUAUCAAAGCUCUUCAAGAUACGUCAGGUCGAUUGGAGGCAUCUGCUACUUGGCUGCUCGAAAAUGCCACCCCUGUGCACCAAGCGCAGACGUCCCAACAACAGGGCGGUGCGCAAGGAUGGCAGUUUGCUGGUUUUGAGGUAAUUUGCAAAGCCAAUAGUAGUAUAUUCGUUCGAGAUUCAAUCAAAACUCUGUCAUAAGUAGUGCAUCCUGUUGUAACGUGGUCAAAACACACGGUUUUUGCAAUAGCAACGCAGCUGGGUGCGUUAUGGUUAUAUCUUCCUCUUUUUCUUCGAACUUGCAGUGCACGCUGCGAAAAAAUGUCCCAUUCUCAUUCUCGGUAAAGCCGCUGCGGUAUGACGAGUUAAUCAAUUUGAUAAUCGCGUGCUACCGUAAAAUGCACUCUAUUGGCCAUAGCUGUCCCCAGGGAAACUCUCCAUGCCUUUUAUACGCCCUUGGAAACAAAUUUGCUGUCUUCUCGCAAGUCUACUCAACUUAGAUUCAAGUAAGUUUGCCCACCCUCCUAUUCUAUAGCGACGCUGCGAAAUUUCUCUAUUAUCCACCCUAAGCCUUUUGCAAUUUAUUGACUAGUCCAUCAUUAGGCAUACGGUGGCUUUUAUGCUAAUUUAAAUUAGUUACAUUUUCCAGUUUUCGUUUUCCUCGUGUUAUGUGACAUCAUGGAACUUCAUUUUUUUUCCCAAUGAAUCACACGCUUAGAAUUUGAAAUGUUGUCUGAGGUGAUACAAUAUCAUUUUGUCCUUUCAGGUGCGAGCAGGAACUGUCUGUGUCUGUCUGAUCGACGACUGCGGAGACAGUGACGUACCGCUCAUUGAGUUUAGCACACAGAGUAUGUAUACUGUCGUUGUUAAGCUGUUUUAGACGAGCAGGAAUUCCUUAAUACUGUCGUUGUCAAUUUUUCUGCACUAGUAUAUACGGCUCAGAAUGUUUAGUCUCUGACAGUUGGGUCAAUUUAGUUCCAAGUACGUUCUCCGACAAUAACUAACAUCUGGCGACGGAUUACGCUAAAUGUUUCCAUAAAUUCUUGGCUUUUUCUUGAAAACUGCCCUUUUAGAGUCAUUUACACUGACGUGUAUUGUCAUUUACAAGCUUUUCUCCAACUUGUUGUCACAGUUUUUCAUGCCUGUUCAGCAAAUGUUUUCCGUGCCAGAUUUCCCGAAUUAAGAACAUUAAUGAACUUUUUGUUGUCACUCCUUUGACCUACAAGAGUGUAGACAAUCGAAUGUUGUUGACGAUAAAUUUUGUAUGUCCUUUUCUGGCGACGUGUUGGUAAAAUCAUGUACCGGAGACCGUCAAAAAACAUUUGACGGUAGCUCCCGACCAUGUGGGCGCUAAAAGCUGCGCAGUUGUUGAAAAACGUCUAAUGCACUUGUACAUUGUGUUAUAGAUUUGUACUUUUGGCAUGAUCUACAAUCCACGGGUGAUGGUGCAGCGCACUGUACUCUGAUAGUCCAAUACUACAACAGGAAUGUAUCCGACUGGGAGCCUUUUCUUGAACCUUGGAAGUGAGUCGCGCAUCUCUGUCAUCACUAGACUGUGUAUCAGGCCUUCCUUAGGGGGAGACGAUUCCCACCCCCACUAGAAACGCCUGAUUCUCUAGCUUUGUUAUCACGACUUCAUUAAUGUCAGGAUUGUAUCGAUCUUGGAGAGCUUAGACCAUUUUCUACCAGAGUUUGCACAGGUACCCCAAGCUCACGAGUGAGAAUCGUUGUUGCAUAACCAAGUAGUAUUAUAAGGGUUGGUAUGGAGAUUUCAGCGAUCGUUAUCCAUCCAUCGAGGACCGUCGACGAUGCUUUUCCACGAAGCUCCGUGCUCGGCCGUUCGAACGCUGAAAUCCCCAUGCAAACCCUUCUGAUAUUUCUUGGUUAUACAACGAUUCUGACUUGUACGCUUGGCGUACCUGUGGAGUGUCAUGUCAUGAACUAGCUUCAUCUUGAACGUUAAUAGUUAAUUAGUCAAGGUCUGAUAACAUUGCUUCUCUACAUUGACUGGCUGAAAAACUCAUCCCCGCUUUCUCAGCUAGUGAGACACAACUUUAAACCUAGUUCCGUCUUCAUCGACCCGUUUUCACCCUUAAGUUUAUUUGCUUUGCGUUAUCUACCCCGGUUUUUUUUUUGUAGAAUUUCGUUAGUUUUUGGCUGUACAUGGCUAAAAUUAAGACCUUCCAGUGUGGUUACUAAUCACUUUCACGGUUCUUUAAGAAUGUCUCCUACCUGACGAGCCUCCGCCGGUUCCGUGAAACAAAGCGAACUGCGUAAUUCGACAUGAUCGUGUUUUUAAAUAAGUGAGGACAAUUGUUCUUUUUCUACCAAACUGGUAGCUCUGUUAAAGUGCGUUGGAAAAAAUUGAGUUUUUUUUCUUGCUCCAGAUUGUUGAUUCCACCCUCAAAAUACAUAUUACAUUAGUUGAUUUUGCAAGAUUGAUACUAUGAAAAUUCGAUGUAUUUAUUGAGUGAAAUAUUUUGGAGUAAAUGUUUUAUGCCUCUGGUAUUAAGAAGUAACAUGUGUCCAUUGUUUUGUUGUGCAGUCCAAUUCCUCCUCCAGUAAUUAUUGUAGUGUUUGUAGCUGUUAACUUGUAAACAUGUCUUACAUUAUAGAUGCCAGCUUCACUGGCAGGAGCAACAUAGGACGCAAACGUCAAAAGGCAGGUUUCUCGCAAAGUUGGAUGGUAAGUUUUAGAUACCUGUGCCUGUAACGUUAUGGCAUGCCCUCAUCUGAGUUUAAAGCGGAACGUAUGACGGGCAUCCAACGACUGUUUUGUGUAAAAAAUCUGAUCGAAGAAAACGUGCAGUCUUUUGUAUUUGCUAUGUUACUUAUAAAUGAGGUUAAAUAAAUAUUUAUUUAACAGAGUUAACAACAAGGAGCGCGAGCGUGGUCAGCGGUCGGUCGUUUGGCUCAAGCGCGGUCAGCCUUGCUUGCAUCACUUCCAUGUGCUCAGUACAGUGUUUUCGUGGCGGCAAUUCUCUUCGUUUAGCCUUUGGAUCAUUCUUUUACCGCCUGAUUCUCGCUGUUUUUUGCUGUUGCGGUCAAACCGUUUUUCUUUCUACGUUUUCUUCGGCUACGCCUGGAUUUUGUGCAAUUGUUGUUUCUUCGUAAUUUGGGGCGACAAUGUUGGCGGGACGUUCGUCCCUGCGUUUGGCCAUGGCUUUUGCUUAGGUGUGUUGUCUGAUACUUCAUGGCUGGAUAGUUCGACAACAGCUUGGUUGCUGAGUUUUCGUGGAAUGACUGUGGUCUUGCGUUUACUUGCUUAGCGGUCACGCGGCUCACGAUUUUAGCGGUGUAGCCGUCCAUGAGCUUAGCCGUCUGGCGGUCCACGAGCUUAGCGGUACGGUCAAGCGAUUCGCGAGCUUAAAGCUGAAGCGAUCCUCAAGCUUAGCGGUAAAGCAGUCCUCGAGCUUAGCGGUGAAGCGGUCCUCGAGUUUAGCGGCGAAGCAGUCCUCGAGCUUAGCGGUAAAGCGGUCCACGAGCUUAGCGGUGAAGCAGUCCUCGAGCUUAGCAGUGAAGCAGUCCUCGAGCUUGGCAGAUAAGCUGUCCACAAUCUUAGUAGCGGUCAAGCGAUUCACGAGCUUAAAGGUGAAGCGGUCCCCGAGCUUAGCGGUGAAACAGUCCUCGAGCUUAGCGGUAAAGCGGUUCACGAGUUUAGCGGUGAAGCGGUCCUCGAGUUUAGCGGUGAAGCGGUCCACCCGCUUAGCGGUGAAGCAGUCCCUGAGCUUAGCGGUGCAGCCGUCCACGAGCUUAGCGGUGAAGCCGUCCACGAGCUUUAUAGCGGUGAAGCCGUCCACGAGCUUAGCGGUGAAGCGGUCCACCAGCUUAGCGGUGAAGCAGUCCCUGAGCUUAGCGGUGCUGCCGUCCACGGGCUUAGCGGUGAAGCAGUCCUCGAGCUUAGCGAUGAAGCGGUCCUCGAGCUUAGUGGUAAAGCAGUCCUCGAGCUUAGCGGUGAAGCGGUCCUCGAGCUUAGCGGUUACGCAGUCCUCGAGCUCAAGUUUAGCGGGCUUUCAGUUAAGUUGUCUGCUACAAGCUUAUCAGUCUCCGCCGGUCAACGGUCAAACUCACAUGGAACGUUGCUGCUUCGUCACAGCCAGGAGUAUCAAAUUGAGUGGUUUUUGUGGCGGUUGCGUCAGCGUGAAGCUUUUGAAAGCGGUUGUUUUUUAGCGUCCCCCCCCUCCACGCAACCCUCUAUGCCUCCUUCCACUGUUUCAUCUUUCUUCAGUGUGACGGGUGUCUGGAAAGGGGGGCCAUGGCUGGGUUGCGAGGAUUUGCCAGCCCUGGAAGAGGAUUCUAGGGGCUGGCUGACCACAGUGGAGCCCCUUGGAUGCUCCAGGCACCCACAUUCCUUCUAGUAUUUGUGUAGUAAAUAGUUUUACUAGUUUUACUAGUACUAUAAAAAUAUUAUAGCGUUUAUCAGGCGUUUGGGCUGGUCAUUUUUUUUGCCCAUUUCGAGUGUUUGCAGCGUUUAGGGGGCAUUGGGGCGGGACCCUUGUGGCGUUUACAGUGUUAGUAGUUUUUUAGUGGGCAUUGGGGUUGGACAUUUGUGGGGUUUUUCAGCGUUUGUAGUGUAUAUGAGGGAUGCAGGCUGUCUUUUUAUUUUAUUUAUUUAUUUAUUUAUUUUUGCGUGGCGUUGCUUGUAGCGUUUAUGGGGCAUUGGGGUGGGACCGUUGUGGCGUUUCCUGUGUCAGUUAGGUUUUAUUGGACGUUGGGGUUGGACGUUUGUGGCCCCUUUCAGCGUUUGUAGCGUUUAUGAGGCAUGCAGGCUGGUCUGUUUACUUUAUUUAUUUAUUUAUUGUGACGUGGCGUUGCGUGUAACGUUUAUCGGACAUUGGGGUGGGGCCCUUGUGGCGUUCACAGCGUUUGUAGCGUUUAUGAGGCGUUUGGGCUGGUCGCCUUUUUGUGGCAUUUAAAGUGUUUGUAACGUUUAUGGGGCAUUAGGGUGGGACCCUUGUGGCGUUUACAGUGUUAGUAGUUUUUUAUUGGGCAUUGGGGUUGGACAUUUGUGGGGCUUUUCAGCGUUUGUAGUGUAUAUGAGGGAUGCAGGCUGGUCUAUUUAUUGUAUUUAUUUAUUUGUUUAUUUUUUGCGUGGCGUUGCGCGUAUCGUUUAUGGGGCAUUGGGGUGGGACCCUUGUGGCGUUUACAGUGUCAGUUAGGUUUUUAUUGGGCAUUGGGGUUGGACGUUUGUGGCGCUUUUCAGCGUUUGUAGCGUUUAUGAGGCAUGCAGGCUGGUCUGUUUACUUUACUUUAUUUAUUUAUUUAUUGUGUGGCGUGGCGUGGCGUGGCGUGGCGUGGCGUGGCGUGGCGUGGCGUGUAGCGUUUAUGGGGCAUUGGGGUGGGGUCCUUGUGGCGUUCGCAGCGUUUGUAGCGCUUAUGAGGCGUUUGGGCUGGUCGCCUUUUUGUGGCAUUUAGAGUGUUUGUAACGUUUAUAGGGCAUUGGGGUGGGACCCUUGUGGCGUUACAGUGUUUUUAUUGUUUAUGGAGUGUUGGGGUUGGACAUUUGUGGCUUUCACAGCAUUUGUUAGCGCCUAUAAGGCGUUCGGGCUGGUCCUUUUGGUGGCGUUUAGAGUGUUAGUAGUGUUUAUGGGGGAUUAGGGUGGGACCCGUCAGGCGUUUACAGCGUUAGUAGUGUUGGCGGUGAACGUUUUUGUGGCGUUUACGGUGUUUGUAUUGUUUAGGAAGUGUUUGGGAUGGACGUUCGUCAAGUUCACAGUUUUUGUAGCGUUUGAGGCAUUUGGGCCAGUCAUUUUUGUGGCAUUCAGAGUGUUUGUAGUGUUUAUGGGGCAUUAGGGCACCUUGUGGUGUUCACAGAGUUGGUAGUAUUUAGGGGCGUUGGGUUGAACGUUGGUGGCGUUUGACAGCAUUUGUGGCAUUUAUGGGGCGUUUGUGUUGUACGUUUGGGCACUUGGGUUUUGUUUCGCCUUUGUAUGCUUCUUCAUGCUCAGCAUAGGUGGGUGCCUCCGGGUUUGGUGUAUUGGGGCUCAGGCUUCUCCCAGCCAUGAGCCCCUUCUCUCCGAGCUUGGUAUUCAGCUCGGAGGUCCCUUCGGCUUGGCGUGGGGGCUCAUGGCUGGAGGGCGCGGGUUUGCCAGCCAUGGGGGCGUAACUCUGUCUAGGGGCUGGCCGUGCCAUAGGUGGAAGCCCCUGGACAUCCCGGGCACCCACCUCCACUCAGCGACGCAGUUGUUAAAUGAGGUUAAAUAAAUAUUUAUUUAACAGAGUUAACAACAAGGAGCGCGAGCGUGGUCAGCGGUCGGUCGUUUGGCUCAAGCGCGGUCAGCCUUGCUUGCAUCACUUCCAUGUGCUCAGUACAGUGUUUUCGUGGCGGCAAUUCUCUUCGUUUAGCCUUUGGAUCAUUCUUUUACCCCCAUCCCUCCCCCCCCUUAAUUCUUCCACUGUUAAUCAGUGUGACGGGUGCCUGGUUCCUUUGGCGUGGGGGCUCAUGGCUGGAGGGCGCGGGUUUGCCAGCCAUGGGGGCGUAACUCUGUCUAGGGGCUGGCCGUGCCAUAGGUGGAAGCCCCUGGACAUCCCGGGCACCCACCUCCACUCAGCGACGCAGUUGUUAACUCUUUGUAACGUUUAGAUGGCAGUUCCCACUGAUUUAAUUUUUGUUGGAUUGCGUGAUACAACUCCUGUGAAUUCUCUGUUCCGUCUUCUUAACAGAGGUCUUAAGAUACGAGCGUGACGGUGGACGACUACGGGGACGACGAGAUUUGACUUAAAGUUGUUUUGGAUCAUUAUACGUCUCUGGGAAACUGCCCACCUACCCCUCCCCUAGGCCAACAGUAACCCUUUCUGCUCACUUAAGGCAAAAUGUAGGCUUAGGGGAGCGUAAGUGGGCAGUUUCCCAGAAACGUAUAAAGAUCCUUUUUUCUCGCGUAUUGUUAUAAGGUAGACAUCCCGGAAAGUUUCAUUUCACUUUCUUUCACCAGUGAUGUUAACAAGGUUAUUUCUUAUUGGGGGUAAGCCCUUUCCCGCUCGCAAAACGAUAAAACUGCUAACAUUUGACAAACUUGUUUCUAUCACUACGACAUUUUCCAACAUUGUAACAGCCCGUAACAGAAUGAAGACGGCUAUUACGUUUUUUCGACAAAAUGACGCUGGUUAACGCAUGCGCUCCACCUAAUAUUGAGAAAAUCUCGUUCUCUUCCUAGAAUCUUAAGGGUCUUUUAUGACUAACCCUGUUUUCUUUUGUACUAGACAUUGUAAUUUUUUCUUUGCACAUCGUGUCAUUUUUUCUUUGCAAUUCCUCCCUUCAUUUUCAGCUCCUGAUCGUCUUGAUGUCACAGUGACUACUACACUUAUCAACAUGAUAAACCACACGAUGGCAAGUUGGUCCGAAGAUUACUACAGACCAGAUCCAUCCCCUGUGUCCGCAGUUGCCACUUCAGGAACGCCCAGUCUCCCAUCUGUGUCUUCAAGCAUGAGUGGCAGUAGACAUGACAGUCUAAACCGCAGCAUGAGCACUGAUAGUCCACUAAGCAGCCCGACCAGUAGACCAGAGUCUAGCGCAUCAUUAUGGUCAUCGGGCUCUGGCUUUCCUCGGCGCCGUUCACCAUUUGUCCCAUUUUUACUUAGAAAUCAAACAGGUGUGUUUUGUGGUAAUCAGUAGUGUGGCUAUGACUUUGAAAAAAGUGACCGUUUUUUACUUUUAAACAUUUAAGCACAAAUUCUCCAGACUGGUCUCCAUACAUUUCUUUUAAGAAUAGUUGAGAAAAUUUGGUUUAAGAUCAAAGCUUUCUCCCUUUAGUAAUCAAUUUAGUAACUCUCAUAACCUUUUACUCUUGAUGAUCUGCUGAUGUUGUUAGGAGAAAAUUGAUGUUGGUCACUCUUGGGACCUAAAGGGUUAAGAGGCUUAAACAAACCUCGGGAAAUAGGGAGCUUAAGCAAUCACGGCAACAACGGUGGCGAAAACGUCUCUUGCAGAGUGAAUUGCGAUGUUUCAAAAUUCAUCGCUCAUUUAUUCCAUCUAAUCGAUUUUGUAAAAUGUUUCCGAUUUUUCUGGAGUUAAAUCUAAAUUGAUUGCCUGCUGUGUCCCACAAGGAAAGAUUUUUUUUUGGCCAUUAUAAUAAAUCCUUUGCAGAUCAAGCUGAUUCGGUCAAGAUGGCUCGUUACUAGCCUGGCUCUUUUUCGUUUGCAGUUUACGGACCGAGACGAAAAAAAACGCAAGAACGAAAAUGGCCAAUAUCGAGCCAUCUUGUGACCGAACAAGCUUGGUCCAUAAAGCAUAAUUGUUGGAAAGUAUCCGUGUUACUUUGGUGAACGUUUAGACAGCACAUUACACAAGGCGUUUAUUCUGCAAAUUGUAAGCACAAAAACUAACCGUCUUCAUGCUUACAUCGUUUAUUAAAUUGCAGGAUGUACCUUGUGGUUUAAGACAGUAACAACAACUCUGUCGAAGGUAAUUUUGGCGAACACAGGACAAGCACUUCCUGGUAUUCCUGGGGCUGGUUCAGGCAGGAUAUCUGAGUGGAAAGAGGUUCCUUCAGGUGGCGAGGCGCCUUUUGAAUUUACAUCGGGAGAGAAACAGCGACAUAAGGUGAGUUCCUGGGAUGGCGACCUUCUGGAAAAAUGUCAGUUGAUGAGUUGGAACAUUACUGUGAGGUUCCACCGUAUCUCUCCUGUACGUUGCGCAGUAGUGUCACUUUUGGAGACUGAAUGUGUGUCGUUAACCAAUGGGCAGAGACAACUUUUCAAAACAGGGUAUUAUCCAUCCAUCCCAUCCCAUCCCAUCCCAUCUCAUCCAUCCCAUCCCAUGCGAUCCCAUCCCAUACCAUCCAUUCAUCCAUCCCAUCCUUCCAUCCUAUUACAUCCCAUCCAUCCCAUCCCAUCCAUUUAUCCAUCCCAUCCAUCCAUCCCAUCAAUUUCUCCACUCACUUUUUUCCUCAUUAGUUCAUGCUGAUUUGAUUUGGCUCUUACACAAGGUUCAAAAGAUCAAUCCCUUUAAUCUUUCUGGUCGCAAUCUGAGUUCCUGAAAGAAGUGAAACUGGAACUAACUGUAUUUUAUUGUUGUCGUAGGAAACUCAUGAGCUCAACAUACAUCAGGUUGUUGUGCAAGUGGAGGGAUGGGGUGCACUCUCCCCAGUCUCUGUCGAUAGAGUUGGUACAUUCUUCAGGCAGGCACGACCUCAGAAAUUUGACACUGCAUCCAUGGUAAAAGACCAGACAAUCAAGUGAUCUUAAUCUACUUUGUGUUCUUGUGCACCUUAUUGGCAAAUGUACAGUUGUAUGCUGAAUAGAAGCGGGGCAAGCGGUGUCAUACAUAUAUGUUUAAAUAUUUGAGUCAUUUCCAAACAGAGUGACGUCUCCUCUUCGCUUCCAUUCAAGUCAAUUAGACUCAAUACACAACUGUGAAAUGGCAUAUUAUUGUUGAGGACAUGUAUUUUUUACAUAGUACUCAAAUUCAAACUCCUGUAGUUUUCGAUCUCAAAUCGCUACUUUACUUUACCUUCGCGUGAAUUUCUUCGAUUUAAUCACAAUUUACUUGCGAUUGCAAGACGUUGUAAUGUUCCAGAAGCUUGGUAUAGAACACGAGCAGGACACCCUGGUUUUUUUCCUCUUUUUUCAAGCAGUUGUUUGCUUUACUCAUACUCACACAUUAUAGUGGAAGCCUUUAAAUUGUCAACCGUUUCUGGUAUCAGAUAGAAUGGGAAAUGAGUUCUGUUUCAGGUAAUUAUUAUUUUUUUUAAUUAUUAUUUUCUGAAAAAAGUCGGUCGCUUGUUUAUAUUGUUAAUCCUGUCUUAGGUGAGUGAUCUUCAGUCGGCGCGAGUAGUAUUUGAUGUUAGCUUGGAGGGACGAGCCCGUAAGGUAGUCACUCUGAGAUCAGCUCUAAUGAUCAAAAACAAGAUGGACUUACCUGUGGAGAUAAAGCUUCAGGGACUCACAUCAUCACAUGGUUUGUUCAGUGGCUAUUUUUUUUUCCUUUUUGAACACCUGCAGUCAGAGAAAUAGUGAUGAACAAAAUUGGGCUUAUGGGUCAAUAGAGUUUUCCGGGAAACUGACCGCCUACCCCUUCCCUAAGUCACAAUUUUGCCCUAAGUGAAAAGUAAGAGUUAAUGUUGACUUAGGGGAGGGGUAGGUAAUCAGUCAUUCAGAAGCCUCAAUUGAUCGGACGAAAAGAUGCUCGUGUGUUUGUAACUGACCACCUACCCCUCCCCCUGUAAGUCACAAUUUUACCUUAAGUGAAAAGUAAGAGUUAAUGUUAGGGGAAGGGUGGGUGGUCAGUUAACCAGAAACCUAAAUUGAUUGUUCUCGUAAUUAAAUACCAAAGACAAAGUAAGGUAGGGAUAGGUAUUUCUGCUAAUCUAAUCUCGUUGUAUUUCAAUAAUAUUUUCUGAGAAGAGAAUGUUUUCUUUUAACCUUUUAUUGACCUUUUUUCUUCGUUUUCAGGGGCUUCAACUCUUCCAGUCCUCCCCCCAGAGGCCUCAGUUGCAAUACCAUUACGAUGUACCUCUUGGAAACUCUACCUGAGACCCCAUGGGGUUGGGGUGGGGUUUUGCUCUCAGCCACUGGAAUGGAAAGGCGUUAUAAGAAGUCACACUGCAACGGGGUACAGUCGGGAGUGUUAUCCUGCUUCAACAGCUGCAGAGUCUGGAAGGAGAUUUAGGUAUAAAGUGUCGUCUGUUCAGUGUAUGAAAAAUAACAUUGGGAGACAGCGUAAUCUAGUAGUAAGAAAGCUCAGGUCUUGCCCGUGUUCAAGUCACGCCCUUACCACUAGCUUGAUUUGCUUUCGGUGGUCCCGAGCUCAAAUCAUUGCCCACCCUUAUGUUUUCAAAUAGUGUGAAUGAUCGCUUUCGAAGGUUUUUUUUCGCUUAACCUGAAAUUGGAGAGCUUUAGAUUUGAGGGCGACAACGACGACGAGUAGGAGAUUUAACGUAAGAAAAAGCGCUCCGGAAAGCUUUAUUUCACUGUUUUUCACCACGAAGGUUAGUACGGUUAUUUGUACUGAGGGUGGUUAAGCCCUCUCCCAAUAGCAGAAUGAUAAAACUUCUUUCAUUUUGAUAACUUGUUCCCACCACUACGAUAUUCUUGCUAAAACUCUCAGUAGAAUGACGACUGCUAUCACUUUUUCCCGCCAAAAUGACGCUGGUUCACGAGUGAGCAGUACUCAGUAUUGAGAAAAUCUCGUACUCGUAGUCGUCCUUGUCUCAGAAUCUAAGGCUCUCUAAUGAGACGUUGUUGUUAUAACAACCAGAUUCUGUGUGGCAGUGAAGAGAGAAGGUUAUCCUGAGGAUGUGCCUGUACACGAGGGUGCUCCUUCGAAGGGCCUGAAUUUAAUGACCCAGCCAGCUCACACCCUGACCAUAAUGUACCCAGUAAUGUUGGUAAACCUGUUACCAUGUGAUUUGAGCUACCAAGUCAAGAACACCCCAGCUAAGGGAAACAUCAAAGCUGGAAAGUCUGUGCCUUUAUACACUGUAAGUACCAUGUUUUGCCCUUUUACAUUUGGGGAGCAAGGGAUGGCGCAGUGGUGAGGAGCGCUCGCCUCCCACCAAUGUGGCCCGGGUUCAGAUUCCCACGUCGACACCAUAUGUGGGUUGACUUUAUUGCUGGUUCUCUCCUUUGCUCCGAGAGGUUUUUCUCCGGGUAUUCCGGUUUUCACCCCUCCUCAAAUAAAAACAUUUCCAAAUUCCAAUUCGACCAGGAAUCAGGUAGACGAAGAACCACUUUAUAGAUGUGCUACCUCCAAAUCGUUCUUUAUUUUACACUUGCGUUACAUAAAAGACUGGAAAUUAACUGAAAUUUACUUUAAAUAUUCAGCCUUUCAUUGCUUAACCACCUUAUGGCGAUAUUUUAAUUCGUCACUCCAUAAUGAAACCUUUUUGGUAAAAAUUUUGUGUAGUUCUAUUGUUUAUUAUGCAAGAUUUUUCAUGAAUUGAAUUGUAUUUUAUUUAAUUAUUUUUUUUGUUUUGCUGCUAUUAGCAGUGAAAGAGUCAAGGUUAUCAGGUAGCUAGUCUGCUUUGAUUAUUUUGGGUAAAUUUAAAUUUUAACUGUUGUCCUCGACAAGUUCCAUCUAGCCUCUGAACAGGUCUUUUGUAUCUUGAAUUUUUUUGCCGAAUAAAAUUGAAAUGCAGGUUGUUAAGACACCUCACGGAAUGAGGCUUCUCCCGUUGAAAAGCCUCAGACUUUUAUUAACAAUAGAGCGAAUAUUGUGUAGCAUCGCUUUCUUACACGUAGAUGACUUUUUGUCAACAGGCAGACCCGGAGAAGGCACUCGAUUUUGGUAUCAGCAUCGAGAACUUUAUGUAUUGUGAUAACAUUCGCAUUUCAAGGCGAUUGAGCAUGAUGUCUUCUGACAUUAUUUACGUGGAGUUACAAGAUACAAAGAGGCGAUCUCUUAUUGUUAAUGUCAAGGUGUCUGUCAAGCCUGGAGGAUCCCUUCGUGUAAGUGAUUUGAUACAAAAAAACGAGAGUAAUUUAUCGCGCAACUUUUUUCAAUUCGUUGGAAAUAGAAAGCUUACGCAACAACGACGGCGACAGCUACGAAAACGAGACUUAAAAAGUGAAUUCGCGCUGCUUCAAUCUUUAUCGAGCUUAUUUCGUCUCGUUCAAGUUCAUCAAAUGCAGGCAAAUUUUUCUGGAUUUGUAUUCUAAAAGACUAUAUCGAAGUUCAAGAAAAGAAAAAGGAAGUCUCUGUCUUGUGUUCAUCUCCUCCACAAAACAUGAAAUUAGGCAUUUUCACGUCGUAGUCGUGCAGUGACGGCAAAGAAAUGUACAAAAAAGCGUGAUCAUUUGCACAAUUGUUUUUUUGCCAGUCCAAACGUAUUGCUUUUUUGCCCUUCUCGAUGACGUCGCUGUCGUCGUUGGUUAAGCUCCCUAGUAAAUAGAAGACUGCCUGGGCUUUGCUGCACUUGAUCAGGUAAAAUUAUCUGAAAUAUGAAAGGUACCCUAAUAAUUGCGAUUGAGUUCCUUAACUAGAGACUUUGUAAGAUCUUAUUCCGAGAUUCAGCUCAGUCCUGGCUCGAUUUCCGCCGCUUUCUCGGUCCACCCCGAGAAGAAGGAAGAGCGCGGGCUCGCUUCCCGAAUAGCGGCUGGUAAUCAAGCCUAACCAAGUCAAACUCACCCUAAUUGGGGCUACUCACGAUUUUUACACUUUGCUGUUGCUUUUAUUGCCAUUGCCUUUGUAAUUGCUUAUGCCACUAUCAAGCACUGUCAUCUGCCCCAAAAUAAACAUUUCCUGUAGCUAAACCGUGUAAUACAGCAAUUGCAAAAUUGCUAUUUGAUUGCAUUUUUAACAACGUAUACCAUCAUUUCAACUGAACAGGUAUCAAUAUAUGCCCCUUACUGGAUAAUCAACAACACAGGGAUCCCACUGGUGUUCAAACAAGAUGCUGUGCCUCAUGAUAUGGCCGGUCAGUUUGAUGAACAUGAGAUGGCCCGCAGCCUGACUCCAUUGCUUUUUUCAUUCUCUGACAGGGAUGCCCCAGCAAGGUACGUAAAAUAAACAGCGUUUUUGUUCAGUAUUUAGAAAUGUUUUCGUUUCAUGCCGAGUGUAUUUUUUCACAAUGUAUCUUAGAGUUGUUGUGGCCAGAGGGGGCACUCCAAAAUCCGUUUUUUUGUGUUACUUCAAUAAGCCCUUCUCAGUCUUAGUAACUUGCUUGGAUGCCGUACCGUUGGAGACCUUUAUAGUUCGUUCUAAGUCCUUAUCGUUGUAGGUAUGUACAAAACCCUCGACUCAACUCACAACUGUUUCUCACGCAAAUGGCGCUUUCUAUUCUUUUAGUUUUCUCAACAGUACAUACUGUCUAGAAAUGAGGUUCCGCACAAGAAAUUAGGCGGUGUAAUUGUCAUGAGGUGUGAUUGUUAGCAGCCGUUCUACUCACAACAUGUCACAACACUCACUGUCUGCGUGCGAGUGAUGUCAUGAUGACGUGCUUCCAAUCUAUUCUUUGUAGAUGUCAAAUGCGAAUUGGUCGCGGCUAUCAACCCGGAAGUGGAAAGCCUGUUUGGUAUGUGUAUUACUUCCGCUCUUCUUAUUGAAUUGAUAGUCACUUUUACGCGGUGAAAAGGUUGAAAAGCUGAGGCUUCGAGCGCUUGCAGGUCAUUGGAGCGAAUUGAUUUGGCAAUCACAAACACAUCAAAAGGCUUGAAAAUAAAAAAUAUAUAUAUGCGCGAAGACACAAAACAGCUAAAAGAUUAGCUUUUUUAUAAUAAGCAAAGCUGCUCACCUUUAUUGUUGCAGUGAUAAAAAAACUACUCACUUGCAAAGUACUUAGAAGUUUUUGAUUGCGUGCUCACCGUUGUCUUUAUGUAACAGUUUUUGAGAGCGUUAUCUUUUUGCAGGAGUAAUUCGUUUUCCUUGGAUAGCCCCCGUGAGUUUAAGCGUGUACAUGCCAGACAAGGUGGAAGCCGCCCAGAUAAGUACGUGAUAAAGACUGACUGAUUCACUCUCCGUUUAUCAGUAAGAACUAAGAUAAUAUUGAUGGUUAAAGCCGCUUAACCUGAAAUUUAUAUUCCAUAGAUCAGACAAACGAUUGUGUGGUAAAGUAAACUUACUUAUUAUGCUUCUCAAUUAUGCCCACAGUUCACCGUUUUGUUUUGUUUUGUUUUUUCUUUUUUUUUUUUGGAUCUAAGCGAAUAAAAUGCAAAAUAGGUGAACAAAUAAAAAGAUAAAUAAAUAGAUAUAUUCGUCAAUAACAAGUGAACUUCCAUAAAUGAUCAAGUUAGCGAAUAAACUAAUUGUUAAAAAUUUAACUAAAAAUUUCGUGAUGGAAAUGCUAGAAAUAAAGACUGCAGCAAGUCUAACCAGUUCUAAAGAUUACAUGAAUAAACUUUAAGAUUCAUAGUGUACAAGUAAACAAACAGACUGUGCGAAAUAAAUAAACAACUCAGACGAAAAAUAAGAAAAAAAUCUAAACCUAAACAAUAAAUAAAGAAUAAGCUAGGCUGAAACAAGGUUGUGAUUAGCCUAAUGAAACAGCCAACAUUUUGUGCCGCCACCACUGGUUAUUCCACCAAGUGACAUCUGAGAAAUGUGUGCAGAAAUUCCAAACUGAUGGCGUGGUAGUCUCUUAGAACUGUGUCGUGCUUCUGAUUGGUUAAAAAAUAUACUUCAUCCAAUCUGACGCAUUGCCCAGAUAUGGGUAGUGAUGCGCUACCAGGAUGGAAUUUCUACGCUCCUUUCUCUGACGUUAAAUUUCCCAGGCUAGGUUGUGAUCUAUCGUUACAUAUUAAGCGGAUGUUUAACAAAACAAACAAAAAACCAACCGAAGGCAAAACGAGGAUAAGAAAGGAAAAAAAGAAAAACUCAAGCCCCGCUCAGUGAAGUUGUCGAGCAAUUAUUAGCGGGAAAAAUCAUUGGUUAAAUUUUUAUAGCCAAAAAUAUUACUUCGCUUCAUUUUCGAGUCAUCCACAUUGGCAAAAAAUCGACAUUUUUCGAUGCCUGCGUUCACUUAAGGUAAGGCAUCCAUAACACCUCGGCAUUGUUGUGAUGGAGACCGGAACCACAGGGUUUACUGAGACUGAUAUCUUGGUUAUUGCAUAGAAACUUUAGUGAUGUCGAAAAACUAAAACGUAAUUCUGGUUGUCAUAGAAACCAUAAUUGAGUCCCUUGUCACCUUCAAUCCUUGUAUUACAGAACAAAAAAGAAAGGAAAAGCCGCAAGUGUUGCCGCGCCCGCAUGCAAAGUGUCCAGCAGCGCAGUGAGCCGUCAGUUGGAGGUGCACGUGCAGGGCGCAUGUCUGUUUCGUGCAAACCUCCCUAGCGAGUCUGUGUCCCUUGUCACGUCUAAAAAAUGGUAAUGUAACUCAGGGCUGUGUGAUUGGUUAAAAACUUUGAUUUUGUCAUGUUGGACUAUGUUUUAUCGGCAACAUGCGUCGAAAUAGAUUUACAAAUUUGAGGGAGAACUUCGUUAGAAUUUUACUGCUUGUAGAAUAGGAAGACUUCAAUAGAGCUGCUGUUGAUGAGACAAUUUGUGUCAGAAAUCAGAAGUUUCUUCGCUGUCUUAUUAUUGUAUUCUUGGUAUACUACAAAAACGCGUUGAAUAACCUUGUAAACUUCAACUUUUCCGUUAAACGAAACUUGCGUAAUCUGUUAAAAAAGUUACCUAUAAAUCGCUCAAAAGAUUUAAAAGAUAAAAUAUCUUAACUCUAAAUUAAAAUUAAAUUUAACUUAUUAGCCAUUAAAAUAAAAAGUACCGUAAAAUUUCUUAACAUUAUGACUGCUAUAUUUAACUUUUGUUAUUAUACCUUCCGUGCCUUUUCUUGGUUACUGGUAAACUUAAAGCAUACGUCGCACUUUUUUAAUAGCUCGUAUCCUUGGCUCAUUGCGUGGUACAAAAGAGGCAGGGACUCAUUUUUAUUUCAUUCAAUCCUGUUCAAGUGACAAUGUCGCGGUAGUUUAGCCGAUUUUGAUCGAUUUUAUUAUUUAUUUGGUGGGAAAAAUAAAGAUAAAUUUACUUAGAGAAAGUAUUGUCUCUAGAUCACAAAUCCUAGCUUCAUAAUAAUAAAAAAUAAGACUCCCAGGCGUUGUAACUUAAAACCAUUAACUUUAAAGGGAACCUCCACUCUUACUACAGAAUAAGUUUAAAUCGAAUAAAAUUAUGUUGAUAAACAAAUUUGUUUGAAAUUUGUCUUAAAAAAAGUGUUUAUAUCAGGAAAAGUGAAUUUUAGAAUCGCUUAUUUUCACUUUCAAAUUUCGCGGGCGCCGCCAUCUUGACUAAUUGUGACGUGUUACGGUUGCUCUAUUGUUCUGACACAAAGAGCUUUUGUUUAAUAACAAUAGGGCAACCAUUACACGUCACAAUUAUUCAAGAUGGCGACGCCCGCAAAAUUUGAAAACAAAAAUAGGCGAAUCUAAAAGUUAUUUCUUUCGGAUGCAAACGCUUUCUUUAAAAAUAUUUUAGAUUGACUUGACUGUAACAGUUAUUUCCUGUGAUUUAAAGUUAUCUUUUUGUUGAAGUGGAGGUUCCCUUUAAACAGUAACAAUCAACAGAUAUAAUCUUUGAAAAACUGUAGGCUGAACACUAUAGAAAAAGGGAAAGAAAAAAACGAAUUGAAGUCCAUUUUAAUCUUCUUCAGUUUUGGCCAUCCAUGCCCUCUCUUGCAUGUUUUGAGAUAAUUAAUGUUUCUUCCCUGUCUUAAGCAGGUUUUUCCCUCCUUUUUCAUUCAUUUUAGGGACCAAUUUCAAAUGGCUGAAUUUUGAUGAAUUUCUUCGCUGUUCCUUGACCUCAGGCUCAACUAUUUAACAAUUAUUCCUCGAGCCGGAAUGGGCUCUGAGUCAAUAUUCGGCCUCAUGGGCUAUUGACUCAGAGGCCAUGAGGGCGAGAGGAAUAAUUGUUUUAGUAAAAUCCAACUAGUUGGUCAAAAAUAUCGAGAAUGAAAAAAUUUUAGCUAGUUAAAAGCUAGACUUUAAUCCUUUUUUGCCGCCAAAAAGCAUGCGCUUUUCCCUACUAGGCUAUAACAUAUAGCCUAGUAGUAGCUCAACCAAUCAGAACGCAGCAUUGAUAAAAGACCACUAGUUGGAUUUUACUAAAAUAGCAGAUAUUUGUAGUCUGCUCAUACAAAAUAUACUUCCCUUCUUGUAGCCGAUCAAAGUCUCUUCCUUCUCCAUUGUAAACUAAAUCGGCCAUCCGAGGACUUUGCCACGUAACAAUGAUCAUCAGGCAUUCACAUAAGGAAAAUAGCGAGCCCUUAGAAUUUUUCCUCCAUCGUAGCUUUACUGGCGAAUUCUGAAAGCAAAAUGUGUAAAAUGUCUAAAUAUUUCAACAGAUAAUGGGACCAUGCGACAUCUUUGGCCCAGCUAGGGUGACAACUUAAAGAGACGUUAUAUGAAAAUACCAAAGUACUUUUUGUUCUUUUCCCUCCGAAAUUUUGCAUAAGCAUAGUUUUCAAUCUCUCGGGAUGAUCGAAAGAAUUUAGUCAUAGGUUUUUUUCCACAAUUUGAGUUCCUUCAAGCGUUUCAAAUUUGCUCAAGUAACCAACAAAGUACUUUUGUAGAGCUUUUUGGGUCAGUUGUAUAAUGGUUCUCUAUUUCAUUGACUGUGAGAAUUUCUGUUAUAAAUUUCACAGUUUUAGUAGAAUUAUAGAACGCCAUUUUUAUAAUGGUUCGAUUUGCUGCUAGCUAAAUGUUUUUGUUUAAAGCGGUAGCUGUUAAUUUUCUAACACCUUAUUCCGCUCUCUGUUGUUGUUUAUGUAGGGUAUACGACAUCGGUAUUGACGUGCGUUUUGGGCAGGGCCGAUACCGUGACACGAGAAUUGUAACCUUGGCAACCCGAUAUCAGUUGGAGAACAGGACUCAGCAUGCGUUGGCAUUCUCACAGCGACACUUUGUCAGAGGACAGGUAAGUACUUUCCGAUCCCUCUCGUGAAUACUCCGGCUGCUGAUGUUCGUCUUCGGUACCAAAACUGAUUACUAGUCAUUCUGUGAAUGUAAUGUCAACAAUCGAAUUAUCUUUCGCGAAUUUAAGGCACAUCACAAUCACAUGGAUACCAAUAAGAACGACGUCGGUUAUCAGCUACCUCUUCCGGUAGGUUAAGCUGGCAAACCUGCUGCGAAAGCAAUGGGUAGAUAAUUUAGACGAACUAUCGGGCAAAGUUAAAAAAAAAAGCAACGGGAGAGCCCCUGAGCAGCUCCUUCGUACGCAACCAGUUCCACAAGCAUUUGUAUGUCUUGCUUCUAAUUGUCCUUAACAGAUUUUUGUAUAGCCAAUCAGGAGCUGUGCGAUUCAUGUACGUGUUGAACCACCUUUGGUCCUUCUCGUCCUCCUUUUUAAACUGCUGUGUUAUUUGCAUGCAUGUGGUAACGACAACAACAACAACAACCAAAACUACUUAGAGGUCGAGGCUAAGGCGGCUUAGCUCGUGAGAAUUAGUCAUUAACCGCCCCUCGGUUAGCUCAAUUGGACAAGCGCCGGUCAGCUGAUCGGGAGCUCGAGGGUUCAAACCCCGGCCGGACCAACACUCAGGGUCUUGAAAUAACUUAGGAGAUUGGCUGCCUUUGUUGUAACAUCUACAAAUGGUUAGAUAUUUUAGUCUUCUCGGAUAAGGACGAAAACUCACCGCUCUUUCACUGUUCUGAUUCUUGUGGGACGUAAAAGAAUCCACACUGCUGUUCCUAAAGAGAAGGGGGCAUAGACCCCGGUAGUGUAGUACAACCAUGCAUUCAUGGGCUGGGUGGAGAAUGAAGGUGUAGGUAUCAGUUGGGAGGUUGUUCCUGUUUCAUCCUCUGUCACCGUGUUGAGUCACCGUGGCGAAUUCAAUAAAGUAAAGUAAAGUAGAGUAACCUCACCCCUGCUCCUUUGUGACCUCAACUCUCAGUCGCUUAGUUCACCGCCAGUUUUGCUUGCUAUUAGAAUUUAACAUUUCGUUGCAUUUAUUUCCCAUUAUUCCUCUUAAUUUUUAGGAGUUGAGGCUCAGAAUGAACUAUGAUGAUUUGCACUUUUAGACACUCAUAAACACAACAUUUCAAAUUUCCUCUCAUCACUUUUUUCAUGCCUGUUCUCUUACAAUAAAAUUUAGGGAGCAACAAACCCCGAAGGCGCUCUCACAGCUUUACCAGGAGCCUUGGUGCUUUUUCACUGGGCCAGAACUGACUUGGAUCAACUUCUAUGUAUUAGGUAAGGCUCUAGGCUUGAGUUCCGCCACUCUCUCGGUUCUUUCCGUGAUGAUACGGCUUGAUGCGUUAAUGACUGAUCGUGUUCGGAGGAGCGCGGACUCACUGACUCUCGAACAGCGGCUGGUAAUCGAGCCUAUGAGGUGCACUUUUCUAUACGUCGCCUGCAUUGAUUUAUGUUAACUGGAGUUAGCUGCAAUAUAUACAUGAAAUAAUACGCUUUUUACAUGUAGGUCUAUUUACUCCCGGCAAUAUUCAAAGCACGAAUGCUAGUGGGGCCGAGCAAAUGACUGAAAAAAAAUUAUGAGCGUGGGCGAGGAUUUCAAUUCGGGAAGACGAGAAAAUUCAACUAGCGGCCAGGGCAGUACCUGAACUUGGGGACACCGGAAUGCAAGCCCAGGGCUCUUGCCGGUCCUAGCCACGGUGCCUCGCGCAUGCUUGUAAAUCGAAUCCGUACUGUCUUCUUUGAAUUUGUCUAAAGUUGUUGUAAUAAAUCUAUAGUGUACAAAUUUGAAUUUGUUUAAUUUAAGAUGUUUGUAUUGAUGAAAACUUGUAGUUUGCAUGGUCGGAACACGAAUGAAGAACAAACGAUUGCGAGCUGAACAGCAGAGGUUGCGAGUCUGGCCGGCAACAGACUUGUUGGCCGUUCUACAGAAAACCGUGCCUAUUAUAGAUAUGUAUCCUUAGAGGUGUUGAGCACGACCUCCGGUUACUUUUAUAAGAAAAAAAGCAAAACAAAGCAAAAGAACUUCAAGGCUUUUAAAUUCUCCGCCUACUAAUUGCAUAUACUCUGUACUUUGCGACUUGAAAACUUAAUGACAGCCCCUGCUGAUAAGGUGUUAAUGAACUUUAAUACCUGAAUUCCUUGGUUUUGUAGGUUAAAUGACGUCUCCCAUUGCCAGUGGUCUGGUGGUUUUAAGAUUGACAGAGACGAUUCAUUCCAUGUUAACAUGAGGUUCGUUAACCCCUGGUAGUAAUCACUCGUAUACCAUUUGAUACGAUUUAAGUCAAACUAGCUGAUGACGGACCACGCAGUCGGUCAUUCACACUUAGAGUCAAUUCAGGUCAAGCGUGCCACCUUAAAUUCGCAGUUAAUUAAAUGAAAAUUAAGCCUCUUAGUCACUGCCCCAAGUCUGCGUUCCUGCAUUCCUGAUGAGCAGUGAUUAAUUGUUAAACAAAUCAAUUCAUUUAUAGCAUCUACGGUAGUACGCUAAACCUGGUUGAAUAUUGUGUGUUUUCACAUGACGUCAUAGCGGCCAUAUUUGUGUCCCAAAACAAUGAAACGGCGGCCAUGUUUGUGUCCCAAACCAGUCCUGUGGGAAUUGAACUCUUUUCUUAUGUAAACGCUUUCUUUUGUUCCAAUAAAUUUGCAUAGAUGCUGGCCACGUGAGUGAAAACACAGAAUUAUGCCAUUUAGUCGGUAACAUCAACCGUCGCCCGGUUAGUUCGAUUGGAUAACCGCCGUUCUGCUUAGCGGGAGGCCGUUGGUUCAAAGCCCGGCCAGACCAACGCUCAGGGUCUUGAAAUAACUGAGGAGAAUGUGCUGUCUUUGUAAAGGCAUCUGCAAACGGUUAGACGCUCUAUUCUUCUCGGAUAAGGACGAUAAACCGUAGGCCCAGUCUCACAACCCUUGCACAUAUAGAUUCUGUGGGACGUUAAAGAACGCAGACACUGUUCGUAAAGAGUGUGGGACGUAGUCCCCGGUGUGGUGGUCCAUCUCCCAUGGGGGAAGGGACUGUUAAGGGCCCGCGUAGUUGCUCCAGGCGCUGUUGCGGUGACCCUGCCAAGAACUGGCGAACUAAGUAAAUGUAAAGUUAUUGGGUCAGGUGAGUCAAUCAAUACUAAACAUAGUAAUUCACCGUGAAAUGCAGUCAUGUGUCAGUCAGUCCAGUUGAUUGAUUAUGGACCAAUUAUUGAACCAGCUGACUGGUUCUCUAGAAGGCCCCAUCUGUUUGUCACCCAAUCCCACAGUCAACCAGGGAGCAAGCCAGUCAGUCAGACAGAGCGUUUAUCAGACACGGAGUCCUUAAAAGCCUCGCAACUAAAUGAUACUAUGUGGUUUGCUGUUCCCAUCUUUAGGAGCUUGAGUGGCUGUUCGUUGUUUGUCAGAGUAGAAGUGGUGCUGAGAGGAGCGACAUUUCAUGUUCUGUUCGCCGAUGCCUCGCAGCUGCCGCCACCAUUCAGGAUCGACAAUUUAUCGGAGGUUUGUAUAUUCCGUGACACAUUUUAGACCUACUGCUUGUAAUAAAUCGAAAUAAUGGUAAAAAAAAUUAUCGGGUUGUAUUUUCUGUUUUGCUGUCAAACCUUAUUUUGGGCUUCAGUUGAGUAUAGCGUCCCUUUUUUGCUAGGUGGCCAUCACUUUCUAUCAGAGUGGAACUGAAGACAGGUUACGUACCAUUCUACAACCAAAACAGUCAGGUAAUAAAAAAUUCCUCAUUUACUAAUGCCACCAAAGCAGUAACCGUUGUAGUCGUGAGUAUUCAUGAUUAUGUUGAGGAACGGAUCAAUUACAAUGACGUGGUAAAACUUUUUCCAAUAAUUUCGAAGUGUCAUAUGUAGGUGAAUAAAUUGUGUUCGUCCGUGUGAUUGCAAUCCUAAAUAGGAAUGUUGUUAACAGUUAAUGGCGUUUUGACAAACUGUGUAGGGGUUAUCGUAAGAGUUAUCCAUUUUUAGUAUUGACCUGAUUGAUUAUUGGUGAAUAUUUCGUGACGAUGUUACGAUCGCCAGUCAGAUAAGCCGUUCUGUAACUGGCUGUGAAUUAGCCUGAACAUGUGGAUUGUCGGAGUACGCAUAGAAACUUUCUGAGCAAGGACGCGUACGAGAACCAACCACAAACUUAAUCCAUAUAUGACGUCGACGCGCCACCGGGGUUUGAACCGGCACUAUUGCUCUAACCACUGCGAGCCAUCCCCCCUCCCACUAUUCUAAGAGUGCUUAAGUGCAAUUCCCUUUUUGAGUUUCUUGGGAACGACGCAACAAUUUGCCGUCCAAAAUCUACCUAUGCCUUGUAGCUAACGACAAUUAAGAUCUAUGGAUGAUUCUAUAGCAUAUGCUGUUUCAGCUAGCAUGACACAGUAAUACGAAGUCCAGAAAACUGUUUCUUUCAAAUUCCGUCUUAUGCAUGCAUAUGAGCGCAUAUUGUAACAAAAACACAAAGGGACAAAUUUCCACUCAGACCUUCAUUGGGAAAGAAAGCACACAAGCUAAGGAUCGAGGUCUUUUGUCGUUUCUUUCUGUCCUUGUCUUUCGCGCACUCUUGAGAGGGUGGCUUCCUCCGAGUAAUAGUAAGUAAUCUGUGUCUCCUUUUUCACAGUACCUUACUCGUGGGACGAGCCUACUCUCUUGCCUGAAUUAUCUGUUGGAGUACAGGGUGCUGGAUCUUACAUGCAGUACAACAUGCAAGAUCUUGGUGGUGGCGAAAGACUUUACUACUAUAAUCCCAUAUACGUCGUCUUUGCACACACAUUUGCCAGGUGAUUAAUCUGAGCUCAUUAGAGACUUCGAAUCAAGUUUCAAUAGCGUUUCAGGUUGGCAGUUUCUCGAAUUUGGUUACUUAUUAGGGAGUGCAAGCGAAGACGUUUUUGAGCGAUGCACGUCAACCGGAAGUGGAAAUUUUGAAUUUCCGGGCAGUGGUUUUCUCCACACUAGGGACUUGAAGAUCCAACGACGCGGUCGGCAACAAGAACGUCAAAAAAACAAUAGGUUUAAUAGGUAAAACAGCAACUUUGCACGUGCAUCACGUCUUUUUGUGCGGCAUUUUUUGCCCGUUUUUGCACGACUACCACGUGAAAAUACCCAAAUUUUGUUUCUCUUUCUGCACUUGGAUAUGGAUAUGCACUUGGAUAACUCCAGGAGGGCUCGCCUACAUUUGACAAAGGAAGUGGGAAGGAAUAAUUGCGGUAAAGACUGGAAGAAGGCAACUUCACUUUUUCAGCGAUGUUCUCGUUGCCGUCGCGUCGUUGGAUCUUAAAGUCUUUAUUGUCGUCUUUAUAAAGAGUAAAGGAAUUUAGCAAUACACAUUUUAUAGCGUCAAGGCGUAUUAAAGUCGUCAUUUCCGGUUGACAUGCGUCACUCCAAAACCUCCGUGCUCAAGCGAGAAGAAAAUGGGAAACACGUGGCACAAAUUUACUUUUGCCGUAAACAUGGUUCGAAAUCCCUCUAUUAAAGUGCCUCUAAAGCCCUGGAAUCGAUUUGGUAAGCUAGGCCAGCUCCAUUUUUAACUGCCAACUGUGAUGAAUUAGCCAGAGUUUCAGAAAUUUCGAUCACACAAUUUUGAGAAUUAACAUGAGCGAAUAUUUUGGGGUGUGAGAUUUCAAGCUCAAUCCCGCCCUUUUUCUGUUUUUCAGUCCCAAGUUGGACUACUCACCACGCUUUUUUAAAUAGCCGAACGAUUUGCUUCACGACGAUUGAAAUGCUACUAUCUACUUAACUGGGGAAGAUAAUGAAUACUAUUUCUCAUUAAACUGUGUCUCUUCAUCAUUUUUAGCACGGAUGGUCACGUUUGUGGCUCGUUUCACCUGAGACCUGCCACAGCAGGUAAUGAAACGUCGUUGGAUUUACGAGAACUUGUGUUGGAUGUACCACAAGGUUCUGCUGUACUGUUGAGAAGAAAGGUAAGCCAGGAGUGCUAAGCUGAGAUUGCUUUGUCCUUAGUAAAAAGUGUCGGUAUUUUAUUUAACACAAAAAAGGUUUCAAUCUCCAGGAUAAAACAUUUUUAACACAAUAAACUUUCGAAUCCAUUACAGAAUCUUUAUCAAGUGAUGGAGUUCCACGUUUUGUCACGGGAUUUAUACUGCGAGUCCACGAGACAAAUCGGCCCGGUAACUCGCGGGGAGGUCACGUGACAAAGUCGAGGUCCACCACUUGAAAAAGAGUUUUUUUUUUAUCGUAGAGUUUGAAACCUCGUUCAUGUUAAAUAUUUUUAUAAAAGGAUCAAGUAACUCUUUCUUCGCUAAUAUGUCGUCUUGUAAACGUGGUUUCUCAUUUUAUAUUCGCUUUGAUAGUUAACUCGGGACUCCCUUCUCGCUAACCACCUGCCAAAAGAAGUACUGGGUUUGCCUUAUAACCAUGCAGGAUUCAUGUCUAUUAAAAUGCAAAUGAUUAUCUAGCAAAGAAAACGUCGCCAAUCUAAUAGUUUACUGGACUUUGUAACCACAGGCACGUUAUUAGGUAAAAGCUGGCGGAAUAAGCCCGCAGUCAGGGGCGUAGCCAGCUCAGAGACAUGUAGGCCCGGGCCACCUACAAAUUUUUGGUUUGAUCACUCUACACUUGUACUAAAUUAUGCGUUGUUGGGGUGAGCUAAAAAGCUUGAGCUCAAAGUGUUGGUGAGGUCAGUGCGUACCAGUCAUGCAAGCAAGUUUCAGGAUAUUUGGAAAUGAAAGUCAGCCAGGCCCCUGGCAGUUAUGACUGUCUUUUGGGCAUCGUUUGCUUCUAACAACUGACGUCUGAGUAUUGACUGUACUUUUGUUCAUUAGGAGCCUCACAGGAGAUCGCAGCUGUGGCGACUGACUGGUGAAGGUCUGUUACGUCAUGAGGGCUCCAGUCCACCGUCUGUCAAACCAUCAUCAUUCAAUGCUGGACUUGUAUUAGACAUUGACAGCUUAGCUCCUCCCACUUGUGGCAAGUACGUGCGACUGGUGCUGAGUAAACCCAACCCAAGACGGGUGCAUUCACAAACAUGGUCCUUUACUGAGGUAACGAGAAGCCUUAUCCUCGCUAACUUUUUCCUCAAGGGCGACCAAAAGCAAGUGACGUUUUGUUUUGGCUUUUUUUGUCGUAUUUUGCGAAGGCUCCAUAACAGUUCUUGGUCGUAACCUAAGAAAAGAGUCGACAUUUCGCGACACCAUCUCUGAGGAACGUGCGCAGAAAUUCUACACUGAUGACGUGUCACUACCCAUGUCUAAGUACUGCUUCUGGUUGGAAGAAGCACUGCAAAUUUCCGAGAAAUGUCGGCUGUUUCCUUUGGCUACUUGAGCUUUGCGGGCCGAGAAAACCAGUGUUUGAUAACACGUUUGUUUUGUAGUGGGGUUUUGGAUCUUUUUGAAUAAUAUCCAGUGAUUAUGAACUUGUUUAAAUUCAUUGUCCGUAUGCUUGUCUUUAGAUCAGAACUAAAUUUCUUCUGAUUCUAAUUCUAACUCAGUCAUUUUGAUGGGGUCGAAGGUGGGGGCGGGGUGGUGAUUUAGAGGGGGGGAUGUCAGUGUUGACGUAACUUGACUGUUUACAGCUGAGUUCAAUGCGUUCAAGAUUAAUAAGUAAGUACAUUUAUCCAUGACAGGAUAAUCGCAUGAAGUGUGAUCUGCCGGGACUAUAUGUUCAACCCAAAGGUGGGAUUAAAGGCCUUCGAGACGGUAAGUGUACGCGACACUUUUUCCUUAUGGGGUAUGGUAUGAGGAGUUCUAUUUUUCUCAUACUACUUCUCUUAAAGAAGGAUAUCGAUUGAUUCUCUCGAAGGUGAACGAAGCGUAAUCGUUCAUUUUACUCUUAAUUUGUUGACAAAAAAAGCACUGAAGUUUAAACUGGUGUCCCAGGUAUUCUCAAGUUUUAAUUCAUGUACAUCCUGGCUAACGAACGCUUAAGAAGCUAAUCUUAGUAGAGAUGAGAGUAGUGGCGGCAGAGCAAGCAAAGGGUUAUUCAUCGCUCUGCAGGCUUUGAACGACUCUAAGUUAGUCGUAUCUUGCGUUUCUAGCUAUUUCAGCACGGGAGAUUUAUUCUCGUGUGAGUUACAUACCAGAGACAGCUUCAGCGGUAACUUUAUUGCUGAUUUUUAUUUAGGUGUGGACGCGGUCCUUGGCCCAGCAAACAUCACUAAAGACGAUCAGAUUCCAAUUGAACAGUGCAUCAACACAUGUAAACUCAGACCCGGCUCAGGUUGCCUUGGGGUGAAAAUCUUUGCAGAUGGUCCGACCAGAGUGCUGCAAAUCACUGAUUGCUUGCAACAGGUGCGCUUCAAAGCUCUGUGUGGAUAUACAGCAGCUAUUCAACUACACUUUAUUUUUUUUCUGGCGAUGCAUUUCAUGUGUAUGGCUUAUGCUUAUGCUUUUCUAGUUGUCCGCUUAUUCAUCUUAGUCGCAUUCGCUGGUGUGAUUAUAAGUGUAGAAAUUUAAAAACCUUAAGAGAAGAAAUUUAAGUAUCCCGCUAUCAUCGUCUUUCCUAUAACAACGUACUGGCACAAAGUGUGGAAGCUUCUCCUUGCAUAUGUUUUGUUUUCUUUCGUUUUCUCUGUCUCUUUCCUGUGUUGAAAUGUGUUCUGGGGAAAGCAGAUUUGACUUGGCCAAGUGGAAAUUCUGAACUGCUGAAAAACAAAUAGAAAAUCAAGUAAAUUUAUAACGUAAAUUCUGUAGGCGCACUUUUCUAUGGCACUUGAAUACUUAACGAUCUUGUAUUCAAAUAACGUUUCGUCACAGUCAGGAGAAGAGGCCGACAAAGACUGGAUGCUAGUCGAGCGGAGAGGUGGUCUACGGCAAGCUACUGUGAGUAACGUGGGCGCAGAUGAAGGUUCUACAGCGCUUGAGGUGCAGGUUCGUUUGGUUGGAGGCAUCGGUAUCUCAGUUAUUAACUCGGUGCCAGAGGAACUUGUAUUUAUCAAUUUGGAGCAAAUAGAGGUAAACUUCUUUAAACUGGCAUACUAAUCGUUCAUUUAGUGUUGUUGUAGUUGAAAUGGUGCAUUGGAUUGGACAUUUGUAGAAAGACGAAUCAGGGCAGCGGUGUGAAUUUCUAAAGUAAUUUAUAGUAGAGAAGUUGUAGAUGUUUUCCAUAAUUUCCUUUGUUUUAGCAAACUAAAGUAAGAAAGUUCAGAUUCGCUUACUCGUUUCGCAAUUUCGAAAUACUUAUCGUGGGGUCAGACUAUUACAAGUGUAAUUUUUUGUGUAUUCUAAUGUUUUUUUUUUCUUUAGAAUCUUAAAUACAUGUAACAGCUACAUGGUAAACAGUUUAUAUAGGCGGACCGCUUUUGCUCGUAGAGAUUCUCGGGCUUUUCUCGCACACGUCCAAUAAACCCGACCUGAGUCGGGUCGCCCUCGCGCGCAGACGGCCCGCUUCAGAUACGCGCGCAGACGGCCCGCUUCAGAUACUGAUUGCCUUUUUUAUUGUUUUGGUUCUUAACUUACAGAUGGAUUAUUUACGAACUAGUCAGUUAGAGACAUUGGAAGGCAGCAUAGGACGCAUUCAGGUAAGUAUCUUAGGAAUGUUGUGCAUUGUCUUAACAAAAAAUAGAGGGAGCUUGCCAUUUGCACAGACCACCCGGGUGGAAAUCUUGUGCUUAAAACGAUAAAAUUUGACGUGAUGGAAGAACAACCCGCUACAAAGUUUAUCCAGACCACCUGAACAGACUAUAAGAGCAGAAAAAUUGCAUCGCCUCAGUCAAUUCACAACCCAUAUUUUCUGAAGCUUCCCAAAAACGGAAUGACGCCAACCAUUUGAUUUUUCCAUCUGGAAUUUCCGGUUUACCCAUGUAAACGGUAAGUACUCUUAAAUCUACCGUUGGAUCAAAGCAGUUAUAACAAGGAGCUACUUAUUUUACUUGAAGUUACAUGAAUUGAAAGGUUAUUUAUUUGUCCUUUUAAUAAAUCCGUUUCGACACUCUUAACUAGACAAUAAUUGUCAGGAAGCUUUCUAAUCUCAUUCCAGUGAUAAACAUCAACUGAUUUUCGAAACUACAUGUAUCUUAAUUAAUAGAACACAGCUCUUAGAAGCUAUUAAUUUUAAUGGAAUUAACUUGUCCUUGAGAAAUGAAAAGACCCAAUUUCCCCACCCCACCCCAAACCCCCCUUCGCUUCUCCCUCGGGAAUGGUAGACGAAGAACCACUUUGAGGAAUUGUGAAAGAUCGCUGUUGUGUUGUUUCAUAUUACUCUUGUUAUUUGUCUUUCGCUUUACAGAUUGACAACCAGUUGUUUGCCAGUCAGCUUCCGGUUCUACUCUACCCCUCCUCUCCUGAGAAGGGCAGCAAGGAAGAGACUACUUUGCAACAGCCAAUGCUUCAUAUUUCAGCAACUAAAGAACCAAGCAGGCUGCCUAACGUAGAGAUAUUUAAGGUGCGUCAACUAACAAUAACAGCCUUGCCGUUAUUAUUCCUCAUUCAAAGUAUUUCUGUCUGUGAUUGGCUAAAUCCUCUGGCUACUUCUUCAUAGUCCGCUGCCUUUGACUAAAAUUAUUUGGAAGAUGUGUACUGAUAUCCUCAAGAUGACAUCAUAAUUGACAGAAAAAGGGUCAGAGGGCGCGGUUACUCAGCUGUCUCGGCAGUGUAGAGACUUAAGCCUCGGUGGAUCUCUACACAAUUCUUCUAUACUCAGCCUCAUCCACUAAUUGCUUAUUAGUGAUUGUUAUCUUGAAGUACGCAGAGAAAGAAAUACUGAAAGUGGUGAAAGAUAAAAAGAAAUCUAACGAACAAUGAAGCAAACCCAGGCUUAGAAACGUAAAGAUUUGGCUUUAUCAACUGAGGUUAAAGAUCAAAAAGCUUUCCUUUCGAGGGCUAGCGCUUAGUAAAAAGGUCGAUUCGCUCCGGUGCUUCGCUCUAACGAUGGGCAAGCUCUGGAAACGACAUUUUUAUGAUCUUUUAAUGGUAGUCGCCGGUUACCUAGACUACAGGAUAGGAGAGGAAAUUGACUUUAUCAGCUCAAUCGGAGAUAACUAAAUUGUUGUUUCACACCUCACUGUCACAAGCCAACACCAAGUUCCCUUAGACACAAUAACAUUCAACAACCCGUCAUUCAAGCUGAGAAACUUUUUUUUGAACAACUCUUACUGAAGUAAGGCAUAUCGACUUUCCCGGAAGUAUUGUUAAUCCUUGCUGGACUGUAAGAUGUGGAGGGGGUUCAUUUGUACCUACCAGGGAGUGUCUCGUUGGGGGGUGGGGGAAGGGAGCUGAAGGCAAUCUUUCCGUUGGGUGGAGGAGUUGUCCGUCUGAUGCCCGUUGUUUUAAAAAGGCAUUUGGGCUUGAAAAUGUGACGCGGGAGUGGCUAUUGUCCGUUUUUAAAGCUGUACGUUUUUGUCCGCAGUCUCUGGACGUUUCACUGCGUAAGAUGACUCUGCAGUUGGAGGAACUAUUGCUUCUAAAGCUGCUACAGUUCUUUGGUUAUGUACAACAAGAUGAUGACAUUGCGGGCUCAAAUGAGGAAGAGGAUGAAUGCCUUUAUGCUACACAACGGUACUUUUCGCCGCUUUUUUCCUAACACAUUAAUCCUAGCUAAAACUGUUGUAUUUCAUGUGCAUCGGGACUUUACGAUGUGACGACUGUGGUCUACGAAAACGGUUAAACAUGCUACUGCGCAUGAUCAGUACUACGUCACUGUUCAUUUUUCCUGCGUAGUCCCGGGGCUACGCUGAGUUGUUGAGAUGUUUCGCGUAGUCGCGACUGCAGAGAAGAUUUUCCUCGUAUUUUGCCCCUUUCGUUUAUACUUAGGUCCCUACUAUCGCAACAACGAAAAGUUGUUUGGAGAACGUAGCGUAAAAUGCGCUUACUUUUUCCAUUUUUUCCCACUCAACAAGCGUAUGAAAUUUUGGUAAAUGUUAUAUUUCGAACUCUAGGAAGAGUAUCCUUGCAGGCAAGCUAAUCAUUGACAAAUGGCCAACCGAGUGUUUUUUUUACUUUGAUUGUUCACUUAAACCGGCCAUAACUAUAAACGAAAUUCAAAGCAAUAUUUGAUUUUUUGAUCUAAAAGUCCCAGUUAGUGUGCCGGAACAGUGCCCCGGUUUUUCCUCCAGAUCAGGGUUACUCUUCAUCUUGACGCCAUUUACAUAUUCAAAGUGUUUAGUGGAUAAACUGUCCGAAAUAAUUUGCUGUUCGAGAGAUAUGAAAUAUGCAAAGUCAUAGUUUUGUUUGAAAAGAGUCUGAUUGGACAUUAAGAGGUGUAAGGUCCCUAAUAAGCAACAUUUCGUACAUUUAAUAGUCGAACUGGCAGUUGUAGUUAAAUGAGGAAUAUGUGAAAAAGGUCCGUCCAUAUAUAAAAGAAAUGUGCAAAAAGUGUUGUUCGUCACUUCUUUACACUCUUUAAUUAAGGAUGGUUGACAACUGAAGAGUAAAAUGUCCCCUGUACAUCAUCCAAAGAAUGUAUACAGCCUUUGCACUCACUUUUCCAGCAUCUAUGCAACUUUCUGUGAACAAAAGAAAGUUUUAGCAUAAGAAAAGAGUUCAUUCCCCAAGAUUGGUUUUGGACACCAACAUGGCCGCCGUUUUGUUGUUUUGGGACACCAAUAUGGCGGACGUGACUUCAAGUAAAAACCGUCUAUUGUUCGAGAUCCAUAACAAAAUUGUAACACGAUUCUCACAUUUUUCAGAUCCACGGUCCCGAGUUCACCAGCCUCUUUAAAGCGUUAUUACUUUGAGCAUCUUCAGCUGAAUUCCACUCAGCUCAAGUUUUCAGUAUCUAGUGCCAGUCGACUGCCCGAAGACUUACAGAGCCUGAAAAGCAGUGUGGGACUUAUCCUCGUCAAUUUAGAGGAUGCUUCUAUAGACUUAGGUACGUCACAAACAAACACAUUUACGUAGGUAUUUCUCCGGUAAAUUGAGGAAUAUGUUUUUUCGAUGUGUAUUUUAAAAUUUACGCUGGGUCCAAUCAUUUUCCUUCAUGAACCAGAAGUCUUAACCUACAAUUGAGCCUGCCAGACCAGAUGUUUGAAAGCAUACUGAAUAAAUGACUUUAAAAUUCUGCAAAACAGAUUUGUUUAUCGUACGUUUCCUUCUAAUUUCUUACAUGUCAUUUUCUUAACCUAUGUUUCAUGUUACCUUUAUUUAGAAGUCCUCAGGAUUAUGUUGUCCAUGCAUGAUUUUUUUUCUAAAACUAAUUAUUUUGUUUGUUUCUCAUUUUAUUGUAGAGUCUUUCUCUCGUUCUCAUCCAUUUGACACAAUGUCCUCCUUGCUGGAUUCCAUGAGUAAACAUUACAUUGAGGUAGGAACUUGAAUUAAACGAAAAACAAAAAGUACAAUGCCGCACUCUAGGAUAAACCUUAUCAGUGGAUUCAUCUUGAAGUCAUUGUUUACAUUUUUGCUCAUUAGCAUACGAGUUAACCCACAGAAGACGUCGUCGUAUAUGCAAAUUAGGUUCAAAAAUUGAAAGAGCUAGUAAAUUUGAGGAGUUUGUGCAGCUCUUUGCAAUCAAUAACAAAGAAAAUAGUAGCAAACAAAAACUGCAAAAUUGCUGGAUGGCAAAAACGUUAAUGAACUCAUACAUUCUUUGUAAAAAUUGGGAUUUUUCAAAGAGAAUUUCUCCGAAACUGUUCGGUAUAUCCGGCCCAAAUUUUCAGAGACAACUAAAUUGUUAUGCUUUUUCAAUAUUCGGGCUGUUACUUUGUUAGCUUCAUCAGAACAAGGGUUCGCCUACAUAGGGCCGUCAUUACGUUUUUAAGCAGCCGCAUCAAGUGAAGAUUAGCCUUUAACGUCUCACCAACAGUUACAGUGUCAUCUUUAGCUUCCCACUUUGAUCGCUCGUGACAUCGAGUGAGCUCAUGCCUAACAGGUGUUACAUGUUACCGCCCUUAAUGACAGCUCUGCUAUGAAAGAAAAUUUUAUUCACGGUUGUGUUUACCUUCAUAUAAUGGAGUAUCAUUUUGUGGUAUAAGAACUGAAUCGUUGGGGAAAAGCUGUAGUUACAUGUUCCUAAACAGGAACACUUUGCAUAACAGUGUUUUAACUGUUGGGAUCAACUUUACCAUCUGUAUGUGGAUUUGGACAAUUCAAGGUAAAAGCACUGUUCAUUAAAGUUGAUUUGAAUGGACGCACGUAAAAAUUCUAUAUCCAGCAUUGCCAUGCUAUGCGCUCACUAAAUCCGCUCAAGUCUCGAGUCUCCUUUUUCAGGCAAAAUCGUGAACUCCACGACUUUAUAUAGCCUUGGGAGCCCCUCCUCAGUAACAUAACAAAUCUUUUUUUUUGUUUCUAUAGGAGAUUCGCAGUCAAGCGGCAGUUAUCGUAGGCUCAGUUGAUUUUCUUGGCAAUCCCAUGGGACUUAUCAAUGACGUGUCAUCUGGCCUAGAAGGACUGGUAAAGAGAGGCAAUGUUGGAGGACUUUUCAGGAAUGUGGCCCAUGGUGUGUCUGAUAGCGCGGCUAAAGUAAGUCAAAGCAUGCUAAUACGAGGAGUGGUCGAACUAUUGUACAUAGGCAGGACCAACCGCUUCACUGUGUAGUUUUUAGUUUAUCCCUCAAAACAAAAAAGGUACUAGAGGGUAAAAGUCCUUAUCCUACGUCGGUGACUGGUAACACGAAACAGCUGAUUUCGACGGUGCGUUCAUUUUACGCCCUUCUAUCCAUCAGUGCUCUGUUUUAAACCUACUUUUCGAGGCUACACGGAAAGGAAAGAAGUCCAAAAAAGGAUUUGAGGUCACUACUGCAAUCGAACUCGCGGAACUUCUCGCACAGAAGGCCGCACACUAACCGGCUUUGCUAAUCCUUGUUCAAAAUCAUUUUCUAUCGAAAUAUCAAAUACUUCAAAGUUUGUCAAGAAGUGCCCUACUUUCCCGCAGUGUUUGAUAUCGGAUACAACACUGUCUCAUGUUUGAUAUAAUUAUUAUUAAUCUUUUUUUAGAUCACUGGGUCGUUGUCAGAUGGCCUGUGGAAUGCGUCUAUGGACACAAAGUUCCAGGAGAGCCGUGACGCGAUGAGAGCGGAGAGGUUUGGCAGUUCCAAGGAUCAUUUUGUAGCAGGCGUCAAGGGCCUUGGAAUGGGUUUAGUCGGUGGACUCACCAGUAUCGUAACACAGCCAAUAGAGGGCGCUCAUAACUCUGGCGUGUCUGUAAGUGCGCUUUCACAUGUUAUUCACGUGUCUUCCAGCAUAUCAUCCGCUUGGGACAAAACCGCCAUGCUGGAGAGAAAGCCAGUACCCACUGGGACAAGAGGAACAAAGAAUUUACUCAUUUUACCAACCAGUUUGCUUUGUUUGUCUUCUCCCAGUAUGUUGGGCGCAUGGCGGUCUUGUUUUGUACCAUUUGAGUGACUAGCUGCAAAAGGCCCAUUAUUGGAUACAGGGUAAUGGCGAGAUAUUCUCUCUUUCAGGGCUUCAUAACUGGUAUCGGUAAAGGAAUUGUGGGAACAUUUGCCAAACCAACCGCGGGAGUCCUGGACUUUGCGUCGGGUGCAGCAGCCGCUGUCCGGGGUCAAGCGACACGUAGCACCAGAAAUUUCAUGCCAAAACCUUCACGCUUGCGCAGAAACUGCUUUGGACCCAGUGGUGCUAUCCCAAGAUUCGCGGCGACUCAUGCAGAAGGUCAAGAGAUCAUGCUGAAGCUUAAUGAAGGCAAUUUUAAUGAAAAGUAAGACUUCUUUUCUUCUUGUUAUUGUAAAAGGUGAUGUUUUCAAUAUUUUGUGUCAUUUAUGUAGGGUAAAAUGAAACUAUAUUGGUGUCUCACCAUGCAGGUUCGUUCUGUCGGAGACUGUUCGGCGUGACAGGGAAGACCGGCUAAAGGCUAUCGUUACUACAGAGGGUGUGUACUUUGUCCGAGCACGUGGGACCCCCUCCCCGGAGUCAAUUGUUCUGCUUGUACGUUUUUCAGACCUCUACGUUUGCCAGCCUCUAUCCACUGGUAAGAUCCCUUUGUUAAGAAUCUUACUUAUUGUUGCUAACACGAGUUUAUAGGCAUACAAAAAACGUUGAUUCCAUGUAUCUUAGCAUUUAGCGCGGUCAGUGUAAAGUGAGGCUUACGUUGCCAAUGCCUUUUAAUUUUGAAAACGGAGAGCCUUCAUAUGCGGCAAUGCUCGAAUGCACUGUGAUUAUAAAGAGCAGAGAUGAAUUGUAGCUUUCAACAGGCAAGCUUAUAUGCUCUUUUUUUAACGUGUUUAUGGGCUGGAACGAGGAUGAACAGACCCGCCUUUCUCUAGCGAAUUAGGCAAUGAUUUUGAUUGGCCAAUAACGUGUAGCAAAGUACUAGAAUUUCUGAAGUGUCCGGCUUCGUCAACUCAGUCUUUACUCGUUAAAGCCAAAAAUACAUAUUCGUCCUUCCUACUGGUCCAAUUGUCUUAUCCAUUGGUCUUUUAAUCAGAUGUAGCAUUAUAAUCCACGAUACGACAGACAUUUUCGUGGGUAACCUCUCUUAGAACAGCUAGAAAAUCCUAAUUCGAGGGUGCUUCGUUUUCCUCGUGAGCACUUUGGUGGUUUUACCGAGUUGGCCUUGUUGUAUACCAAUUACUGAUGUUUUCGGCCCUAUAUGCAUCAAUCUAUGAAGUACGGCGGAAGAUUGAAGAGCUAUAAGGCUUCUCUCAUUUCUUCUCUGCAAACUUCUCGUACGCUUCAAAGCGGCAUGUACGCACGCUAAGCCAUGAUCUAAUUACCAUUUUGUUUCUGUUCAAAGACGGAAAAAGUUACAUCGAGCUGGUGAUGAAAGCGGACAACAGCAGCGUGCCAACACCGUCUAAAAACCCAAGCAAACGGCCUAGGGUCAGAUGCGACCAGCAGAGUGUGGCGCAGAAGGUUUGUGCUAAGACAGAUAUCAUGUCUAUUUUGUCAAGAGGGUGAAAAAAAUCUCUGACAGGAAUGACUGACCCAUGAUUUUCCAGAAAACAGGAGGGUGCCCUUACCGCGGUCGGUUCGCUAAACUCGAUUCGACUUUGAUUAUUCACUAGACGUACCUUGAGAUCCAAAACUCGCACAACUUUUAGUUAGCGUAUGGACCGUUACCGCAUUCCUGCGUACAAACGCAGCAACUCGAGGCUCACUUAGGGUGACAAAAUCAGCGAUUUGUAUGAAAUUGUCAUCAUAAGCCUCCAUCUCUUUUCAUUGUGUGCGCUCAUUAGAGCUAAAUACGGGAGAGGUCUAUUAGAAUUUCUAUUAGAAUUUCGGAUUUAAGAACUGAAGUUAAGUAAAUAAUCGUCUUUAUGUGUACAGCAUUUUGCUCCCCUUACGUUGAGUUUUGGAGCUGGAAAAGUUUGAUUAACCUUAAAAUUAUUUUUCAAACCCGAAAUAGUUUGACUUUUCCAGUGAACUUUUCCUGUGCCAUUUUGUGCACUGAGUAGUUGUUACAGCUUACACGUGUUUUGUUCAUCAGGUGGCGCAGAAAAUCAACUAUGCCAAGAAUCUUAACGAUGAGGUACAACAGACGGUCAAAGUAGAACUCAAAGAACCUACAACUCCAGUUUAGAGGCUACUGAUGUGCGCUCCCAGCGAUGCCUGAUUAUUAACAAAAGAGGGCACAAAAAGGCGAAUCUUAUGGCAAAAUGAGUGUCUUGCAAGGUUAAGUUGUUGCAAAACCGACUCUUUGAUGCA